AUGUUAGAGUCCCUCGCUGCAUCGAUUUUGAAUGGAGUUCUUGGAAAAUACAUCAAAGAUUUAGACAGCUCGAAUCUCGAACUCGGAAUUUUUAGUGGUAAGCGAACUUUUAAGUACAUUACUACUUCAGCUUAAGUAUAAAACAAAAGCAGUAUGUAAAUAGGAAAAUAGAGAGCUGAAGUUCUAAUUUAAACGCAUAAUUUUGCACAAUGUAAUAGGAUAUGUUAUGAUCGUGUGCGUGUCUUAUGAUAUAUAUAGCGCAGCCUUACUCCGAAAAAGCUGGAAAAUGAAGCCCUGUCAAAUUUAUGAAGGAAUUACAGUUUACCAACGGAAAGAGUUAACAAACAGAGUUAAUGAGAACAGAAGCUAAAUUUUUAAUUACAACCGAACCCUCUAAGGAAAACUACCCGAGGAAUCAAAUAAACAGCUGGAUAGAGCGAGGGGAGUUCCUCUGUACUGAGUGAGCUUUUUUGCAAAUGCUCCCUAUGGGAAAUGGCUUCACGUCCGAUUCAGCUAGAAGUUCAGUUCACGUUAACUAAGUUUGACUUAGCGCGGUGCUACUUUGAGGUGCGUGCUAGGGAAUCUUAAGAUAUUUUAUUUCCAUAUUUAAUUCAAGUUGUGUGGUGUUUAGAUUUCACUUUCGUUUGCCUCUUCACUCGUUAGUGUGUUAGUGCCAAACAUUGAGUUGAGCGUGACUUUGUAUAUUGUGUGACGCAGGUAACUUUGCGAUUUGACGAUGUGAUACAAUUGUUUUAUGUGAAGAAACUAGUGUCCAAGAGUUUGUCAUUAUUAACGUUAUUCGUAAUCAUUGAACUGCACUAAGUAUGAUGAUGUUUUAAUUGCAGGGGGUUGAUUGAAUGUCAAUUAAUUCUGGAAUUUGUUUUUAAGGAAAUGUUGUCCUGACAGAUCUUGAACUGCGAGAUGAUGCAUUGGUAAGCUACAAGUAAAAGGCAAUUUUCACCAUUCAACAUGAGCCCAUAAAAAUCCAUGAGUUUCUUAAAUAGUAAUGUGUAUUUAUAAGUAGCCCUCAGGCUUAGAAAUGUUACCAUUGGUUUCUGCACCAGUGCAGAUUCAUAGAUAUUUUGCCCAUGAGAAGUUUGGAAAAAAAUAAAAGCUACUCAGUGACUAUAUCCUGAUCAACAAAUGCUGAGUGAUAAAUCAAUUGUUCAAUUGUUGUCCAUUUUUUUAAUUCGUAACUAUGUUAUAUAUAGAUCAAUUCCCUCUGUUAUGCCAAUCGACGCCUGCACACCCAUCAUCAACAUGCAUGAUGAGUAUUUGUCAACAAGUUAUCACAAUUGAAUUUGGUUAUGCAAAUUUACCUGCUAUGUUCUAAAUAUUGUUUGCACUGGUUUCAAACAUUUUUCAACUUUUUUCCUACUACUUGAUUAAAUGAUGAUGUGAACCACAUUCUUUUUUUUUAUUCAAAUCUAUAAUUCCCAGAAGUUAUUAAUGAUGUAACUUCUCCCUGUAUGUAGCAAACAGGUUAUAAGAAUUAAUUCAAAUCUGUUGGGUAGAAGUGCUUAUCUGGAUCUAACAUUAAAUUCUCGUUCCUAAUUUACAAGGAAAUAUGUAGCAGUUAGAAAAGGGAGAAUUAACAAACAUAUCUUUGAAGUUACGGGGUUAAAGCUAACUCUUGAACAAGAAUGAAUGCUCAAGAGAUGGCCAGGAAUACUCGCAGUCUUAAUUAUUAGAAUGUCAGCAAUUUCAAGUUUAAUUUCCCUCUUGAUGCAGUGUUAACACUAUGUUAUUACACUUGCUCUUAAGGAUGAUUUUCAUCUUCCCAUAGAAGUGACACAUGGCUAUGUUGGUAAGUAUUGUUAUUUAUACUUGUAUACAAGCUGCAUAUAAUUUAUUGUCAUCAAAAAUUAUAUGUAUUUUUUAAUAAUCAGUAUUACUGUGAUUUUUGAUAAAAGGGAUAAUUUCCUUUUGAAAUACUUUAUAAGUGUUUUGUUAUGCUAUUUAGCCUCAUCAUGUGUAGUAAAUAAUGUUGAUCACAGAAACAUUUUUGGUUUUUAAGGAAAUUGUAUUUAAUUUUUUUUACAGCUUCCUUGAGAUUGAUCUUUAUCAGUUUGAUAUCUAUUUUGUAUUACACACUUUUGGAGUAUUUAUCGACAACUUGGUAAUUAAGGUAACUGUUAUGGGGUAUGAUUUCUUCUGGUAUGCCUCAGUGUAACUUUUCAUACAUGUACUUGUGCACAGGGGAAAUCUCUCUGACAAUUCCAUGGACUAAUCUGUAUACUGAGCCCUUGGACAUGGCAGUGCACGAUGUAUAUCUGAUAGCAGGACCCAUUCGAGGUGAGGUAUCAACAAUGAUUUUUACCCUUUCAACCUAAUAUCACACUUAUUGCAUAUCCUCUAUUACAGUACACCCUGUACGUUUCCUUAGAAGUUUACAAGGAGAGUUAAUGUUUCCUUUUUUCUUGUAACCAUAAUGUGUGACUCUGGGGUGAUAUUGUUAAGGGAAGUUAGCUGUUACGUACUGUUACGGUUCAAAAGGUUUUUUAAAUGGUUUUACCUUUUCCUUCUUAUCUUUUAACUCUUCACCGUCUGAAGAAAUCUUUCUGUUUAAAAAGUUGCUUUGUUUCUUAAAGGCAUGUAGUUUAAUGCUAUUUUUGAUUACUUGUUUAGUAUUUUUGCUUUUGUCUAUAGAGAGAAAAUAUGACCCUGUGAGAGCUAAUACAUUAGAAUUAGCAGCCAAAAGAAAACGCCUCUCCCAGAUUAAACAGCGGACUCAGGCUGCAGACAUCAAUGAAGGUUAACAUUUUCAACUCAAUGUGAUGUGAUAAUAACACAAGUACAUACAUAUCAUGUACAGUCAUGUGCUUGUACAAAAUAAUGUACAUGACUUUAUACUUUUUUUGGCUAAAUGAUAGUGCAUCAAUGCUUGAAGUGCUUUUACUUAUCUCAAUUAACUGUUUAUAUUGUAGAAUUUCCUGUAAAAACCACCACUUGAAUAAUGUAGAAAUGUUGGUAACUUAACAUUUUAAAUUUGUUACAUGUAAUUAUAUUUAUUUAAAGGGUAUUGUUUGUUUAGAGAAGCCAAAAAAUCCUGAAGAGGGCUCUGACUCCUUUGUGGACAAACUGAUAGCUCAAGUUUUGAAGAACCUUAAGGUAAAUUUUUACAACUGAGUUACAAAUAUCUAACAAUGUGUGGAAUUAUAUAAAUGAAUUGUGCAAGUUUUAUACUGUUAUGUGGGAAUAUAUUUGUAAGGGACAGUGUACAUGUAAAUAGCUUUUGAAAUCACAACUCAUGCUGCAUUCACUUUGUUUACAUUAUUAAUGGUAUCUGUUUCCAUUUUCUUAGAUUUCUGUGAAGAAUGUUCAUUUUCGCUAUGAGGAUAAGGUAUAAACUGAGCAAAAUUAUGAUUUUUUUUUAUAAAACCAUUUCCUCAGGGUCUGUACAGUUGCUUAAAACUGUUGGCUGACAGUCAGUUGUCUAUCAGCAGACAGUUGGUCAACAGUGAGCUGACUGUUAGCUGUCAGACAGCUGAUAGUCAGACAACAGUCGGCAAAUAGUCAGCCAACAGAUUUUUUCAAGGAGUUCUUCUUAAUUACUGAAAACCCUACAAUAAAUGUACUAACUAUUGCUGGUCAUUCUUUCUGACAGGUUACUUCUCCAAAUAAACCAUUUACUGUGGGCUUUACUCUGCAAAAUCUCUCAGCUGAGGUGAGUUCUGAUUUUAUAAACCCUUUAAAGCCUGAGAGUGACCAGCAUCAAAUUUCUCCUUACAGUAAUAUGGCUGAAUCAUUCAUUAAGAUCAUGAGAAGAAAGGAAAUGAUCACCUCCCAAAAAAGCUUUGAUUGUUCAACAAAUUCUCCUUGUCAGUGCUAAGGGAAAUAUAUAUAGAAGAGUAUCGAGAAUAUGGAUACUGAUGUUAGGGUGUAAAAGGUUUAUUAAAGGUUAAUGAAAAUAAUGACUCCUGAUGAAGGCCCUUGAUAGAAAAAUACUAGGUCUCAGUAUCAGGUAGUCUUUAUUACUCAACCCUUACUUCUGCUCCAUGCAAGUCAAUCUUCUGGCAGAUCUGCCUUGGUCAAUCUAGUUCUGAUGUUAUCCACAUGUGAACUGCUAAUGAGGUUUUGGUUUCCUUUAGACAACCAAUGAAUUAUGGCAGGAGUGUGUAGUGGAUGCGUCAGCCAAAACUAUUUACAAGGUAUUUGCUGAUUCAAAUUGUAAAUUAUGUAGAGUUAUCUUCAAACUGCUUUUUUUUGUGUAAAAAUGGACAAUAGUCUCUACAUUGUAAAAUCUAGUGCAAUUGAUUAUAAUAAUCAAUAUUUUUCAAUCUUUAGAUAGUGAGUCUCGAUUGCCUGGCUAUGUACUGGAACACAAAUCAGACCCCAAUGCAGUUCUUUUCAAUGCAACAUUCUUGGAAGGUGCCCUCAAAGAAUGUAUUCAUAUUCAGUAAUUUGUAAUACGCUACUUGCAUAAGCUUAUCAUUUGCUUUUAUUAAUAGGCUUAAGUACAUGCAUGCAGGAACUUGUCUUCACAAUUUGUGUGUUCUCCUUCCCCUGCAUGCUAAUAUACUUCUAGCAGUGCACAGGCAUAGUAUAUAUUUGUGAGAAAAUUACCUUAAUUUGAAGAAUGUCCUUGCUUUUUAACAAUGCGGUCAGACGUUUAGGAAAGGUGCAAAUUAAGAUGAAUAAACAAUGUCAUGGUCAAUCCUAGUCACCCAUAGGGAGGGAUUGGGGAGAGAGGUUGGGCAACUGAGCAAGUAAGGGGAUAGUAGAGAGGGAUGGGGGGGGAGGGAGGGGUUGGGCAAUUGGGCAGGUAAGGGGGUGAACAGGUUAAGAAGCAAGGUGGAGAAGGUUAGCAGGGGGUUGGUGAGUUAGGUGUGGGGGAGGUUGUGAGGGAGUAAGGGCAACAUUUUAGGGGGCUAAGGAGGGGUAGAGCAGAUAAGAGGGAAAGGGAGGAGAGAGUAAGCUGGCCAAGGAGCAAGGAGGGGAAGGUUGAAAGAAGGUUGGAGAGUUAUAUGUACCAGGGGUGUGUCAGAGAAUAAGGAGCAAGAUUUUAGGAGUAAGGAGUCACACCAGGUACAAUUGUUUAGUAGCUGAAGAUUUUUCCUAUUGAAAUCAUAUGGUAUAGUUCCUGUUUCUCUUUUUCAGGACCUUAUGAGCCGUGGGAUCUCAAGCAAAACAAGCCUUCCAUCCAAUUAUGAAUUCAGUAGGUCUCAUCUAUGGCAGUUAGGAUUAAAUAGUGAAGAGAAAGUUUAAAUUGUGGGUGUUUUGAAGAGUUUAUAGCAUUUUUAGCUAAAGCAAUGGACUGUACAUGACUGUAUACUUAUGAAAAAAGACCUUAAAUUGAGUGAUGAUGAUUUUGAGUGUGCCGUGUUUGAUCUACUAUUAGCAAAGUGUCAAACUAAAUAUAGAAUUGUGGUUGUACUAUCUUCAAAUGAUAGAUCAUAAAUUAAGUAAGGAAAGUGUUUUGAGAAUUCUCUGUUGAUAUUCUGUCUCUAAUAGCUGUGUUGGUUACUUAUUUUUUUAAAGUUUUAAAGCCUUUGUCUGCUGAAUGUCAUGUUGUGAUGGACCAAUCAUCAGAAAUAGUACUUGACACACCUAAGGUAUUUGAAAAAGUCUGCAAAUUUUGGGUUUUGAAAAGCUCCCUAUUACUGGUAGAAAACCACUAUUAAUUAUUUUUCAAAAUUUUUUAUCAUGUUUUUCUUUACAGCUUCUGAUUGAGGUGUUACAGCAGGAGUUAUCUCUAGUAUUUACCCAGACCCAGGUAAAUAUCAAACCAAAAAGAUCUGAGGAGGUGCUAUUUGUAAAACAUAUUGCUAAAAUGUCUUUUCCAGUUUUUUUUUUAAUCUUAACUCAUAUUUGUAUGUUUUGGUUGUAGUUUCACAAUGUGAUGGAUUUGAUUGAAUCAUUUGAGUCAAUGACCAUAAACCAACGUUACUUAAGAUAUCAACCAACAUUACCAGUGAGGAGAGAUCCAGCCGCAUGGUAAACACUGCUUUCUGGGUCUAAGAAUCAUGUACACUGUUGUUAUACAUUUCUGUAAAUUUCAGUCAGAAUUGAAAAUAAUCCUUGUAAAUCCCCCGCUCUCCAAGCAUCUUUGUUCUGUUAGCCUGUUUUCCUGAAGAUAUAAAUUAUUUUAUUCUUUAAACCUUAUAAACCCAAGGCAUCCAAAGCCUAAUCAAAAAUUUUCUGUACUUCAAGCUGGAAUUAUUAUAAUUAUUGUUAUUCUCAUGGAGAAAAAGUGUGUUUACCCAUAUCAAUGAAAAUAAAAGAUAGGAGAAUUAUGAAAAAAGGUUCAGAGAAGAAGAAGUUUUCAAGAACAGAAAGGGAAAAAGAGGCAUUUGAGCAUUUUUUGCCAGAAUUUCACUCAUAGGUGGAUUAAUAAUUAAGUUCUCUGAGCGGAUGUGAAUUUUAACAACAUUAUCAGUAGGGGUGCAUUUAUUUUCUUUUAUAAUCUUGCAGGUGGAAAUAUGCAUACACUGCUAUUUGUGAGGAGAAAAUUAGAUGCUGGUCAUGGGAUCGCAUAAAGGAGCACAGGUAAAUUAAUGUAAAUGAUAACAAGGAGAAACUUUGUUAUCAAAUUUUUGUUUUGUUUUUUUUUUAGUUUUAUUUUUAUCAAGUUUCAUGAUUUACAGUUGAGUCCCUUAAUGAAAUGCCCUGGGAAUAUAUAGCAAUCAGGGUUCAAGUAAAAACAAAAACGAAACCCUCAUCAGGAAAAUUUAAGGGGGAGGUCACUUACUAGGGUCAGAUGGUUCUAUAGUGGAUUGAAUGUAUUUUGCUUCAGUCUAGGAAAGAUCACUGAAGAUUCUGCAAGAGUGUAAUUAGGGUACAUGGAUGUCAAGAGCUCAAUAAUCCUUUGAGUAGAACUGAGACCAAAUUAUAUCACAAGGGUCAAUCUGAAGUGGGAACUUAAUCAUGAAGAGAAAUUAAGUUAAUGCAAUGAACUGAUUGAAAGGGAAAAAAAGUUGAAAACAUGAGUGACUAAGUCAUGACAGAUGGUGUAAUUUUCUACAGGAAUCACUCCAUGUGGUAAAUCACAAGCAACCAAUGCAAUAUAGUAUUACUUUGGACUUGAAAUUUAAACUGCAUCAUUGACUAAAUAAUAAAUAAAAUAAAUAAUAAAGUUAACCUUUUACUGUUAAUACGUGUAGCUCUAUUUCUACUGCAUAAAUGUAUUGAUUACUAUCCAUGUCUUCCUCUAUUUAGGAGAAAGUAUCAUUUGUAUAAGCACCUUUGGGAGAGAAAGUUAAAAGGUUUAAGUGAGGAUGAACAGUCUUCCGUUAGAAAUAACAUUCAGGUAUACACUUUGAGGGUUUUGCAUUUAUCUAGUAAUUUGUUAUGACUUUUAUUGUUUAGUGGUGAUUCCUCAGUAGCAUUUGUACUUACAGUAUUAUUUAUCUACUUUCUGUUAGUCGUUGGAAGAUAAACUUGAUAUUCCAAGUAUUUUGAUUGCAAGGAGACAUGCAGAAAUAGAAGUAGGUUUCUCAUAACAAGUAAUGUUGCUUGCAUAUACAUGUAAUGUAAUAUGGGGGCUAAGCACACACCGUUAUGCAUUUCUUUACAAAAUGAGAAUAAGAUGUAUAACAAAGGUCUCAGAUAAUGUGUAGCUUUGAGUUCCUUUAACCCUUUGAUCCCUAAGAGUGAUUGACAUCUACUGUCUCCUUACAUAAUUUCCCCUGAAUCACAUGUUAAAGAUAUGAGAAUAAAGGAGAUAAUCAAGGACUAAAAAGAUCUUGAUUGUUAAACAAAUUCUCCUUUUCAGCAUGUUAGGAAAUUUAUAGAGAACAGUAUGGAGAAUAUGCAACCUGAUGUUAGGGUGUAAAGGGUUAAGUUACAGUGGGUUCAGGCUUAAGGAAUAGCUGGAGAUACCAUGGGUGUGAGUUGUUAUGGAAAAACUACAUUGUGAUGACAACACUGACAAUGGUUAAGCUUGGGAGGAAAUCCAGAUGGAGUUUAAAAUAACUGAACUCUUCUUAACCCUUGUACUCCCAAGAUCUCAUUAGUAAUUCUCCUUACUGUCUGCCAUACAAUUCUUAUGAUCUGAGUUUGGAGAAUUUGGUUUUGGAUCAAUCAACAAUCCUCCAAAUUAUUAAUAUUUUUCUUUAUUCUCAUCCCUUGUAUGCUUGUUGUAUCAAUGAUGUAAGGAGAAAUUAUGUCUUGGUCACUCAAGAGAGUUAAUUAGUUAUUUGUGCUUGUAAAUAACUGCAUGAUGUUUAUUUCAGAAGAUUCAGUUUUAAGAGUGUAUACUUUACCUAAUGGUGAAUGCCCUCUUGACAGAAAGUGACUUUCCAAUAAUUAAAGCUCCUCAUUGAAACCAUUUUCUGAAACUUCUACAGUUUAAAAUCAUUUCUUGGCUCUUUGGAAGUUUGCAGUGCUCUAAGAUUUUUCAUUGAGGGAGUUUAUCUUUUUCUUUAUUCUGAAGGUUCCUCCAAGUCAAAGGUUUAAUCCAAGCAAAAAAAAGAAGUCAAAUCCCUGGUGGUUGUGGUUGGGUAUUGGGUCUGGAAGCUCCACUGACUAUGAGGGAGUCAUGAAUCGAGAGGAACAAGGCAUGGAAAGACUGGUUUACGAUACAUUUUUUCUGAUUAUAUUGGAACAAAAACAGUAAUGAACAAUUUUGUGGGAAAUCUGCAUUUGAUAUGUUUUAAGACUACUUUUGAAGAUGUUGGCAUGCUUUUGAGGAUCUCAGAUCGCUGAAGGCCCUGAAAACCUCUUUUUUCAAUUUUCUUGAAAUUUUUUUAUUUUUUAUUGUUUCACUAAUACUCAUUCAAAUACCCUUUUGAGUUUUUUGUACAUUUGAUGACAAUUCUUGAAAGCAUCUUUUUUGGACAACUUAGUGGAGAAACAUUGAAUAACAAAUAUUUUUCUUCCUAACUUUCUAUAGAGGAGGACAUUUGGUCAAAAUUCUCAGUUGCAGCUCUUUCUGUUGAGGAAAAGGAAAAGUUGUACAAAGCAAUUGAUUACAAUGAAAGUGUGCGGGUGAAAUAUCCUACAGAGGUAAUGCUACUGUGAUGUUUUAUAAGUUCUUCCCUAUUUUACUCCUCUUCUACAGUGUUUUUUUCUCUUCCUUCUCUCCUCAUCCCCUUUCCUUAUGGUAUUCCUCAUUUCAAUCCAUCCCCCCUUUUGUUGUCUCAAUCUUGGUCUCUCUAUUUGAUCCAUCAAUCUUCGAAACCGGUAAUGAUCUAGUUAUUUACGUUAGGCGGAAUAGAAAGGAAACAUGGAAAAUUAUCACUAACUUUGAAAAAUACAUGUAAGUCUUAAUGUUUACGUUUUUCACACAUGUUACUCUUCUCGACGGGUUGCAGUUCAUUAAGUCAAGGAUUACCUUCAACCUGGACAAAUGUACUUUUGAACUCUUGGACGCAACAAAUUGGUGAGUCACAUUGCUAUCUCUACUGGAUCAAUACACUUUUUCAUUGAUAAACUGUCUUCAGCCUGUUAUACCAUUUGUCAUGUCAUAUUUCAUUUCAGUAAAAUAGCUCAGUUGGAUACUGAAGGAUUUGAUGCAACUUUAGAACACAGGCCGGCUCAGGGAGCCUUUCGGUGAGUUACCAUGCAUCCUAAAAAGCAAAAUCGUGAACGAUUUCUCUAACCAUUGUAGAAACGAUUCUUGUCUCCAAUGGUAUCACUUUCUCUAUAAUUUUACUCUCGAUAAACGUUACCAAUGUUUUUAUCCCUCUUAAUGGUCCCAGCUAUCGGAAUUUAACAGCUACUUUUGUCACCAAUUUAUGUGGGCAUAGCAUUAUUGUUUCCUUUCAACUAGAAUUUUUUCUGCCGGUCUCAAUCAUAUUGCAGAGGAGAGGUAGGAACCUUAGGCUUUUCAUAAAUGUCUAUGAAAUAACACUUACAUGUACACGGUCUUGUCAGUUCCUGUGAAUUUCAGUGAUCUCUGCGAGAUCUUUGAAAUUCGUCGAAGUAUGUUUAGAGAGAAGCCCUGCAGGAAAUGAAUGCGUGAAAUAUAGUCAAAGAAUAUUGUCGUUUGGGAUUUAGGUUUCAUGGUAAGGUUAACAAAUUCAAGAUGCUUGGAUAUUCAGAAGAAGCUACGGAAAACCAGCUUAUUCUUGUUUCAUCCAAGAGCACCCUUGACGGUGAGUGUGAAAUCACAUUAAAAAUGUUUUACGGCCUUUGAAUUUGAGUGACAUUCCCUGAAAAGUGGCGAUCCCUUAUUUAAUGGUUCUUUGGUUUUGAUUUAGGACAUGGAACAGCUCUAGUGCAAUGUACAUUGGAAACUAAGCCUCUUGAAUUGAAAGCAGACUAUGCAGUAUCCCUGAAGGUGGAGCCCGUUCAGGCUGUUUAUGAUGCGGUAGGUUGUUGAAGAAAUGAUUUUCGAAAUUUUAACUUGAUGUUGCCUUCUUGCGUUUGUUUGAAGUUGACUUUGUGAUGCAAUAUCUCACAUAGAAUUGAUUUUUUUAAUCUUAUACGAUUUAAAUCUGUGGGAACAUGGUAGUUUUAGGUGUGAUGCCAUGGAAUCUGCAUCGAAUAGUCUUGAUGUGAGCCACACCCAGGGUCGCUGUGUUGUGUAACUCUCACAGAGCUUCUCUCAGUCUAAGAGCGUAAUUAAGUAAUGGCCAAAUGGUGCAGGAAAAAAGCUAAUGAAACGCCAAGGAUUAACUUGCUAUAAAGAAGCACACCAAAGUAAUAUUGAUGUUAGUUUCUUCACGCUACAGAAACAUAGAUGCACAGAAGCUUCGGAAGCCAUGCGACGAGUCUCUCAUGAAUGCAGAAUAUAACUUAACACUGUAUGUCUCAUAUAUAAUAUCAGCAGCCUCGAAAUAAUUGAGAGCGUUUAUUCAUCUUGGUCAAAUUAGGGCUGGCAUAUUGUAUCCAUUGAAUGUUGUAAGCCACUUGUUCCGGCAUUCUUCACACUUGGCACCCAAGGGAAGGAAAAAUACGAUUUGACUCGAAGGUCAACUCCUUUAUAUUUUUUCUUUCAGCACACCAUUGAUAAAAUAAUCGCAUUCUUCUACAUGCCAGAAAACUCAAAGUUUCAGGAGUAAGUGAUUUCUUUUCAUCAAUGUACACCACGAGAAAAUGUCUAGUGUACUUCUACUAGUUACUGUUCUGAUUAAUCCUAUUUAGCAAGGUGAUCUGCCACGGUUUGCUGUGGUAUUUGUGUUAUCUUAGCAGUUCAAACUUGGUUUUGGCUCGUCAAAUUUUACUGAGGGGCUUUCUGCUUACAGUAAACUUUCGUUUUCAAUCUUCAUGCUAUGCUCCUGUGAUUUGUGUUAAAUUGUAAUCAAAGCAAGAAUUGUAUUGAUGGUGAUGACAGAAAUUGAGUUCAUUUAUGCAAGCGUGAAGCAUAGAAAUAUUACUCAUCUUUAGGGAGGAUUAAAACCUCGAUUUUACGAUUACUUGUCUGAUGCUGCAUCACCGAGGUCUAGAGAGCUCUCAGGCAAGCAAGGCCACGUCCAUGUGUAUUUGGUUCAGUCCACACGCUAACAAGUAGCUUUAUAGUGCUGUUUAUUUCCUUGUUAAAGUACCAUUUAUUGAGAUGCUUGAACCAUGCUUACUCAGGCUUGGGGAGGCAGCAGCCAGCAAGCUUCAGGACCUGAGACGGUGGACCCGCGCGGGUUUGGAGUACGCGAUAACUCAGCACGAGGUUAAGAAGGAAAUAUUUCGUUAAGCUACUUGAUGAUCAACACAUAGAUGUUUUUCUUUUCAAUACCCUGAUUAGACAGGAAUUUUCUUUUAUUUACCAACUAUAUAUCCUAUAUAUUUCAACUCCCUUUCCUUUGCGAUCUGUUUGAAGCUUGUCUCGUGGUCUUAUUUGGUGCUACUGCUCUAACGAAACGAGUGGACUUUAAAAAGAAUCCUAGUUUGUGAUAAAAUGAUUUUAAUAGCACAUCCUUACCUGUAACCCCUCGAAGGAAUCUACUAUCAUUGUUGUCCCAUAAAUGUUAAUGCAGAGAGAAAGAGAUCAAUAACGUUCUUCUUUUCAUUAUGUACUUUGUAAAUUAAUUCAGGCUGCGUCUUGCACUGAAAUUUAUUGUGAAAGAAUGGCUUCUCAUAGAUUUUGUUUCUUGAAGGUUACAUACCUUGAUUUAGAUGUGAGGUCGCCAUUCGUGGUAAUUCCUGAAUAUGGAACUCUGCAAAGGUACUACCUAAUUGGACUGAUGCAACACGAUCCAGAGGAAAAAUAAUGGACCUCGCUGGUUACAUUUAAUUCUGUUAAUAGCUUAAGUUGAACGGUGUCAGUAAGAUUUAAGGGAGUUGCUUGGUCCUUAUCUUUACUACUCCUGAAAAAGCGUAGAUGGAAAUUUACCAUUUAUCGCGUUUUUCAGCCAAUUCUGCAGUGUAGCCUAACCGUUCGAAAUUUGUCUUCAGGUGUUAUUAACAAUUAUCUUUCUUCUCCAUAUUUUUUAAAAAACUCUGUGACUUAAACCACACAUGCAUGACGUUCCAGAAUUGCGCUGGUUAUUUCAAGAAAUUUAGGGUUUCUGUUGAGGCCUCGGGCCUUGCAGGUUUCUCUUUUAAAUACGACAUUCUUUUCUGAGCUACACCGUUUCUUUUCCCUUAUCAAUCAGGUGCGCUUUUUGUUUCAAUCACUUUUUCAGGGAUGGAAGUGUUCUUGCUGUUGACUUGGGACAUCUGAAGGUGGUCAGUAACUUGGCAUCUCGGGACACAAGUGUCAGGGUAAGUAUCACCUGAUUAGUAUACUGAUUACUGAUGCACCUGUAGUUUUGUUGUAUGCUGGGCAGGGAAUGCACCUAGAGUUUGCACUGUGAAUUGUGAUAUUUUGCAACAUAUCCUUUCAAUAUUCUUUCUAACAGACAGCGACUGAACAGGAAUUAGAGGAGAUGUUCUAUGACAAGUUUGAGAUGACUUUGGGUGAUGUUCAAGUUAUGAUUUUUAACAAGGGUUUGUGAUUCAGUGUUUUUUACCUUUGAUACAUUUUUGCGCCCUUCUGCCUUGAGCAAAAUAACUGAUUUUAUCAUUAAUAAGAUUGGAUUUGUAACUUUUUGAACGUGUUUUUUCUGAAGAUGUCAAGUGGGAAUCAAUGCAAAGUGUCUCAAGUUCACCUCAUCACAUUUUACCCUCCACUGCUCUUAAAAUGAAGUUACAGAAAAGCAUUACGACUGAUAAUCUACAACUUCCAGAGUGAGUAAAUUGUGCAGUAAAUGGUUUGAACCCGGGGUAACAUGUGAUAGUGUUAUAUGGCUAGACUUUCAGUCAACAAAACGAGCACCGUGAUUGGUUGAUUCUUGGUCACGUGCCCUUGAUCAAAUUCAAAUGUAUCCCGACCGAGAUACAAUUGCGCAGUUGUUGCCUGCGCGCCGAAUACAACAGCAUGUUUUUGCCAUUUGGUUGUUUAAGGGAAAGUUUAAAUAUACAAUAAAGCACUUCGUCUCGGGAAAGAUCAGGACUCUCGGGAAAACAAAAGUAACUGUUUCCCUCGGGACCAUACAUUAAGUGUAUAGUGUAGUCUGAUUGUCCGAGUGAUUGUAGUUUUGAGAAGGGCUGUUGUUGACUUCCGCUGUUGUUGACUUCCGCUGUUGAUGACUUCCGUUCAGGUCAUCGAAACGUCAGUCACCACAACCGACAACAGUCCUUCUCAGGACCACACUCACUCGGCGAACGGUCAGACCAAACCAUCACAUGAGCAAAUUGUCUAAGCAUAUGUAGGUGUUUCGUGGUACACAGGAAGUGAGGUGCCAACAAGUUCCUUGUAUGUGAAUCCAGUAACAUGGCAUUCGAAUGAUGUAAGGAACUCCAAGGUCAUGCUACCAAACUCUCCUGGCUGCUUUAGAUAGUUAAUUCUGCUUCAGCGCCCGAAAACUGAAUUUUUUUUCAGGUUUAAAGUAUCAUCGGUCCUUCCAUCGUUGCAUUUAAAGUUAUCAGAUGAAAAAUACAAGAUGCUGAUGAAGGUAUAAAAGUGUCAUUUCGUACAUGUAGUUUCACCAAUUUGACUUAUUUGACCGUUUUCCUUGUGUUAUUUUCUGUCAUGAAGAGCAUUGUAGCUACUAAUCUUCAAGUUUUUCGCAAAGUUCUUAGAUCACUUACCGUUUGGAGUGCAGCAACCUGUGUUACUGGAAGAAAAGCGCGCUGAUGUCAAAUCGAAGGUGGGAAACAUCGAUUUUAAUAUCAUAACGGGGUCUCUCGAUGGAAUUGAUCAUUUGAUUGUUUGUUCCCAAUAUCGGUGUUGUCAUGAAAUGAGUGCCCGACAAAUCAGAUCACUGAUGUACAUCAGUUUUCAUGCGCCUUACUCCCAUAGGUCUGCGCGCUAACGUCAAUCUUUUACUCGCUAUUUUUUUUCCGACUCGUGGGACGGACCUCGUCGAAAAGUAUGGCUGCUCGUAGUCAAGUGUUUCUAAAACCUCAGCAAGAGAGGACAUUAUUCAAAAUAAGACAAGUUGAACUCAGGUUUUUCGGGACCAGCACGCAACCUGUUAGGCCAAGCGCAGCACACUUGUAUAUAGUGUAUAUAAUGUAUGUAAACCGUAACAAGCAGCACGUUAUUUGAAUAAAUGCAACUUUGACUCGAGUUCUUUGUUAUUGACAUUAAAAUCUGAUCUGUUACCAGACUGAAUGGAGACACAGCUCGUCAACUCUUUCUUUAGAGGAAGCGAGCGAUCUCGAAGCUUUGUUUAAAGACGCCAUGGUUACUCGAUUGGAUAGUGAAGGUAAUAGAGUAAUUUUGCGCCCUAAUGAAGGGCUAACGCUCGAAACUGACGUCGGCUUUGAAACUCUUUACGGUGGCCAAUUUUACGUUAUCAACUCAGCUGAUAAUACGAAAGAUCCUGUUAUACUAUCGCACCGACACAGCACAACAGUCUCUUUAGAAACUUGCCCCCUUUGAAGGUAAUAUACACUGAUCAUUUUACAUUCCGUACAACAUGGUUGGCGAAGUGUUUGUAUCAACUGUCAUGUUAUGCUUCAUGUGACCCUAAUUACGUUUGUCUCGAUUUAAUUUUCUCCAGAUGAAGACGUUCAGUGGCAUGACGCACAAGAGUACCUUCCAGAAGAAAGGUGGGUCAUUAGGUUUGCCAUUGGUUCUGAUAAGGCCGGAAAGUAAUUUGUUUCCUUAACGUCUCUUGUAUGAUAUAAAAUGAUUGGGCAUUGGAUACAAUUUUCAGCAGAAGAAACAAACGAAUAAGAGUGUUGGUAUCAUCAAAGAGUGAGUUUUUAAAAAGCUUUUAAAGGUAACUAUUCCUAGCCUUGAGUGACAUGUUUAGUUACAUAUUUCUGCGAAAAACUUGAGUUUGGUCAUAUGAGUCAUGCUUGCAGAAUGGUAAUUUCGUGGUAUGGUGGGUUAUACUACGAGUCAAAAAAAAUAAAAAAAGAAAGAUUGAGGUAGAAAGGAAAAAUGAGAAUUGAAGGAAAUUUAUAGCUUUGCAGACUUUGAAUUAACAAAUGAAAAACGCACUCUUUGGGUAAAAUUUUUGUAUUUUUGAUAUGUCACGAUUACACAUUUUGAUUCAUUCAGUCCUGAGGAUGGCCACAUUCAUCCCGUUGAAGCGCAUGAAGUCGACAAGAUCAAAUUAGCAGGAGAUUUCACUAUUGAGAAGGUAUUUUCGGGGUUAUUCCAUUUUCACUAUAACAAACUUUAUUUUACGACAAAUUCACUAUCUGUUUUCGCGAGGCGACCUCGUGUACAUAGAAGUUAACGAAGAAGGAGCCUUUUCGUUUCACGAUAGUUUAUGCGCAUGCCUCGACUUCGACACUUCAAAAGGUACUCUGGUAAUAGUUAUUAUGGGACAUUUUGAUAAGAACUCAAAGCAUCACAAAUAAGACAAAAAACAACACAAAAAGGCAAAAGAAACGCAAACAAAAAAGAAAAAGCAAUCAAACAAGCAAAAACAAAUCUACGGAAAAAAACAAAGACAAAAAGCACAGUUGACAAUGUUUAUGUACUCUACUCGCUACUGUUUUAUGUGGAGUUCAUCUAAAUUUAACCUGGCUUUUUUCAGCUUCUUAUCACUGUGGACAAAGCAGAUGAACAAAAAGCUGUUGGUAAUCCAUAUUUAUCUCUGGAAAUACGGGAUGUUGGCACAGAUUUGGUCGUUCAUUCGUGGGACAUUCAUGCCAAAGUUAAAAUUGGGUUUAUGCAGCUCCUUGAUAACCACUGGAAAGGUAGAAGACUUUUAGUUGCUUUCUUUCUUUUUUCUUUUUUUUUAAGUGAACUUUAAGAAAAUUAUUAUUUUAUGUAGUCGUGGUGGAUAUGAGGUGGUAAAUAGCCAACGAAGGACUCAGCGCAGAGCGGGAUAUCACCCAUGCAGCUCAACUCAACAAGCAUGAGAGGUUGUCAGUUGAUAAUCCAAUGAAAUAGUUGAAAAUCGGCCAUGAAAAAACUAAUCUUCUGACGUAUACACUUAAAUAACUUGAAAUACAAUUCUAUGAUUCUUUCUUCCUGGAUACAGACGUUGAUGGUAGCAACCUUUGCGUGUUGAAUUCGUCAGCCACAGAUGACUGGAUUACCGUCAGUUACGUCAAGGUAAAUUCUAAGUUUCAUUGUUAUUCUUGUAGUGGGAGCUUCGCUUCAGAACACAUCUUACUUUGUCUAUCGCUGCCGUUAAAAAGUUUAAAUGAAAUUAUGACUCACCACGUAUAUUUCAAAGAGUAACCUGAUCUUCCCCUAAAUUGGCUUUAAAUUCGCGGUCGUAUUGAGCAACUAGGCCGCUUACCGGUGACAUCACAGAUUAUCGCCUCUUUUCUUGUCUUUCUCAAACCGACCUGUUUAAAAAGUAAGGAGACAUAAGAAGAGGCAUUUUCCUUUUCAAUAAAAUAUAUUUCUUCUGAUGAGCACAGCAGUAGCUGUUUGAGAACCUUGCGUUCAGAAUUUUCAUGAGCGGCUUGGUUACAGAGGUUUUCAAAAUGGCAGCGCUUAAGUCGAACUGUUAGCCCCACAGAAGAUCAUUUUCGAUUGAUUUUUAUAGCAUACUUGUAAUUCACCUUUAAUUUUGUUUUAAGAGACGAAGGUGUUUUUUAACUUGCUUUAAGUAAACUCCUCGAAGUUUACUAUGUAUGUAGUGCUCAUAAUAUAAGAUGCUGAUUAUCGUAUUGGUUUUUUUUGCAUUGAAUUUUUUUUAGGCUGAUCCAUCAGGCCCAGAGUUCAAAGAAAAGUUUCAGUCAAUUGAGCAAUUGAUUGAAAUGAGGUUCAGCUCGUUAAAAAUGACAGCCAAACAGGAAGCUAUUGCAAGUUUCCAAAUAUUUGUCCUGAGUCUGUUUCAAAGGUAACUGUAGGUCCAGCAUUUUUAAAUGCACUUACAUGUGUUAAAACACUCUAAUAUCGAAAUACCUUUUGUUUGCUUGAGUUAGAAAAAUUUUCAAAAAUACCUUUAUUUUUAUUUAAAUGGCUCAGAUAAAAUAUCUAAAAGAAAAAACAUCGAGGCGAAUUUUGCACCUUCUUACAGAUUAAUUACAAUAAUGGGUGAUAUGAAAGUGGAUGAAGUAAAGUGGCAAUUGAACUUCGUGUCUUGCAAUUUUGGUCUGAAAUCAAAUGUGAAAUCACACGGAUGAUUUAGACUAAGUUUCACUCCACCCAGUUCAAUUACCAUUAGUUAUUGAUUUCUAUAUGGGCUUUGCAGCGAACCUGAGUGGCCAACUAUUCCUCAGCGGUUUCUGGAGACAAUCAUGGAGGAAGAUCACCCUGAUGGCUCGAUUGGCAGAGGUAUUGCUCUAACAUUAAUAGAACAACUAAUCCUGGGCUGCUAUGUUCUUUUUUACUAUGCCCUGUGACUGCUUAAUCGCAGUCGUGCUGUUAGCCUAUGCUUUGACCAGCCACUGUGACUGCUUUUUGAGUUGUGGUUUUUAAGACAUUCAUUCCAAAAGUCGCCCCGGGCUGUUAAUGCUGCUGUCAAAAUCGGUGACUGGGUAGACAUGCUUUGGAAUAAAUUCCGUUCUGUUGUUUUAUAGAACUUGUGAAAGGUGUAGAUGAAGAAAAGAAGACUCAAAGUGAUACUGGUGUUGUCAACUUUAAGAUUGUGGCAAAAAUAGAAGAAGUUACAGUAAUUCUCAGUUCAAUGGAUCGCCAUGUUGGAAAGAUGGAUGUCACAGGUUCGUAGCUUCUGUCCUCACUGUCUCUUAUGGAUAUUUCUUGAGGCGGAAGAUUUACUCAGCUCAGAUUGUUUUUUUUUGGCGAACAGGUCUUGAUGUCAGCGUAGACGUAGUUCCCGCUGAGGUGAACAUAACAACCAAGUGAGUGCACUAAUUGUCCUCGGAAGUCUGAAGGUUGUCCAAUACACCCAAAUUGAGUAGAUUCGUCUAAGGUAGCCUUCGAGUCGACCUGCCAGAAGUCAGAAUCGAGUCAGAUUGGGUGUGUUGGACAUGUAUGGGAGGUCUCACUCUUUUCCUUUUUUACGAGAGUAAAAACUUAAGAUAGGCCUCGCGUUAAUCACGACAGCUAUUGAGGAAUACACAUUUUAUUACGGUACUAGAUAAAUCUCGCCUUUGCACUAGAAGGAAUAAGUUUUCAGUUUCCUAUCUCUACCACGAAACGUCUCAAAAAAUGGCCAUUUUUCUGUUACGAGAGAGUAGCAGAUGUGAUUUGCAAUUGUUGUCGUUCAUAUUUAUAUCGGAUUCAAAUUUUACCUUAAUUUCCCGGUUUUAAGUUUCCUACCAGUGUUGGAAAACAAAGGAACAAAACUGUUUAGGUAUAACGAUCAUUUUUGUUUUCCAGGUUGAAAGACUUGGAUAUUAAAGAUCUUACAGACGGAACGUUGUAUCCUCAGGUAAGAUUGAGUUGUUUGAACUUGUCUAUUUAGAGGCGACAGUUUUCAGUUGAGUUUCGAAAAACCAAAACCAAAGUAUUCUCAAUUGCCAGUUAGAACGAAGAUCGACGUCGUCGUCGUCAGCCGAUUAGAUAUGAAACGCAAGUGCCCGAAUCACAAAUAAUUUUAAUUGUGAAUCCGAUUGGUUGAGAAGGUGAUGUACGUUUUAUGGACUAAUCACAGAACGAGGUUAUGCAAAACUUAAUCAAUCAUGAAAUACUUUCGACACAAUAGAAAACUGCUCUAGCAUAACAACAGUUAGACAGACGAUUUUGAUGCCUUCUCUUGUAGGGGAUACUUCAUUUUUGAUACUUGUAGUUAUUAUUAGAUAGAUAGAUAGAUAGUUUAUUUAUCCACAUAACGCCUAGGAGCAUUCAGUAUACUCAUUUACAAUGCGCACGUGCAAUUACAAAAUCCUGAAAAUAAUGAAAAUUACAUAAGUAUAAAAGACUAUAAACAAUCAUGUGCAGGGCACAUUAACAAAUUCCUUUUAUGGUGCUUAGCGAUAAAUAAACGGUACAAGGUUGAAUUUGUCUAUUAUACUUCUAAAAGUAUUCACAUUACCAGCAAUUCUAGCAUUGCUUGGUAAAGUAUUCCAAAGGUGGCUGGCUAUGGAUGCAAAGGAAUUAAGGUGCCACUUGCUGUUAAAAAAAUUAUUUGUUUUGUCUAACUCAUAGACACUUUUCAAUAGAAUCAAACUGUAGAUGUAUGAAUUUUUCUCAUCUAUUAAACAGAUUUUAGACUUGGCGGAUAACACAGUUUUUGACUGCAAGGUUAGUUGAAUAUCCCAUCAAACAUUUUUUGGCACAGCUACCGAUACAGGUUGAAAGUUUAACAACGUUUUGAUAAAGAGUAUUAUGACCCGAAUUUUUUUCCUUUUUUUUGUACAACGUUAAGGUAAUCAUAUUCAACAAGUCCUUACAAGGAGCCAUUGCCGACCAGGAUCCGACAGCUCUCGAUUUCUCAGUCAACGUAAAACUUGGAAAACUCCGAUUUGUAUUCCUUGGCUAUUUUGUAGCUCAUCUUCAGGUUAGUGAGAUGUUUCUGCCUCAAGUUAGAUUUACGUAUAUGAAUCCUUUGUGGAACUUGUGUGGAUGAAUAACGAAGGCAAACACGCAGUUUUCUCUUCUCUUCUGGUUUCAGAAUUUUCUUCAAGCAAUUGCAAGUCCAGAAACAGUUGCAUAUGCCCAGGAAGUAACCCAGAAAGCAGUUCUGAACCAGGUGAAACCCAUAAUUAACAACGUGCGGUCAAAAAACCAACGACAAGAACAAUAGCAAAAACGUCAACAACAUUAACUCCUUAACUCCCAGAUCAAAUUUGUAAUUCUCUCUAAUGUCAACCAUAUAAUCCUUAUAAUGUUAGUUCAGAGAAUUUAGUAGUGGAUCAACCAAUUAUCCCCAAAUUAAUAUAUUUCUUUAUUCUCACCACUUGUCUGCUUGAUAUCGUAUUGAUAUUGUUAGGAGAUAUUCUGUCUUCAUCACUCAUGGGAGUUAAAGGGUUAACAACUUCUACUAGAUAGUAUUUGGCGACUGUGAUCUGCAUUUGAUCUUUUUGUUUUUGAAAGCGGUCGCUGACUCGUACAUGUUGAAAUAGUUUCAGUUUUUUCAUUCUCACUCAAUGGUUUGCUUCACAGUUCUGCAAAAUUAAUAGUGGCUGCUUGUUGCCUUGUAGCUUAAUCAGCAAUGGAAGAAAUAUCUUAGGCUGCAUGUAUUCCGGCUUACAAUCUUUGGGCUAUUUGUAACGGGUCACCUGUUCGGUAUCGGUGCUAUUUGGCUCACUGGCCUAUUCUAACUUGCUUUUUAGGUUCAGCACAUCCAAAAACAGGGAGCUAAGAUUGGAUUGAACGUUUUUGUAAAUGCACCACAGAUCAUCAUCCCUUGCAAUUCAAGGUCGAGCGAAAAACUCGUUUUAGACCUCGGACAAUUGCAUGUUAGUAAUUCUAUAAUCAACUCAUCUCAAUAUGGACUUCUUGAUCGCAUGGAUGUACGAUUCAGUUCAUUUCAAGCCUCAGGGUAUGUCCCACAUUUUAUAUUUCUUUGAGAAAUAGUCGUUGAAAUUCAAUCUGGUGUACAAAGAUUAAGGUUUUAAAUUUAUCACUCUUCGUAUUUUUCGUAGAUGUGUACCAGGAAACGUAAAGUUACGGACGUUUUGGCUUACGAUUGGCAUCUAUGAAAUCAAUUUUAUAUCACUCCUCAAAUUUAUUUUACCAUAUAGUUCUAGUGCGUGGUCCUUAUCUCUCCAUUCCACAGUUUUGAGAAUGAUUGGGACGACCCGGGCGAUAAUCUGGAAACUGGGCUUAAGUUGAGCUCAUACUUUUCACAUUUUACUCGUGUGGUGCUAUAUUAAUAAACUUUCUUGUAUCCUUCGAAGAAACAUGAUUCUUUUGAUUCCAUAUUUUUCUAUUACUUAGCUAUUCUCAAGUGGAAAAUCAUCUCAGUGAGCAUUUGAUUGAACCAGUCGAGUUGAAAGUCAUUGUAAAAAGAAGACUGGGGCUGGAUAAGAGCGAUCUCCCUUUGAUUGAAAUAGAGGGGAGUUUGGAGCUGUUUAAGGUAAACAUCUGGCCAUUCACAGGAUAUUACUGUGUAUCCCGCAGUUUAUUGAAAAGCGCCUUUUACAGGCAAGAUUUCCUUGACAAGCUUUCCUUUGACAACUUUUCUGGUUCGGUCUUGAUAGAUAGGAUUAAAAAAAUUAUGAGUAGAAUGAAUAUAAUUUAAUUCAUUUUUAUUUCUAGAUGAACCUGGGAGUGAAUGAUUUUCAGAUGUUGAUGAUGGUUUUGAACGAUAAUUUGUUGGAAGGCCAGAACGGUAAGUGUCAUUUUUGACUAAUGUGCAAUUGUAUUUUCACUGCUGCUGUAGGUAAAAGUUUUUAGUAUGAAACAACUUCACACAAUUGUAAUGUGUUCUCUACGAGUUAAUAAAAUAUUUUGCUCAAUCUCUAGUGCUCGUGAACAUAAUUUUAUUUUUGAUGUGUCUUGUUGGUCAUCUUUUUAAAGAACGUACACCUGCAUCUAAAACUGAAGACAUGAAGAAAGAGGAGGAACAGAAGGACGAUCCCCCAGACAACACUGAUGCCAAGUCUAUGGAUGAAGUAACAAAUAUUAAAUGUCUCUUCACGCUGAAUAAGGUUUGUAUUAGUGUACCUUUUCUACGGGGGUUUAUUGUUACUCCUUUCCAAUAUUUUUGUGGUUGUGAGUGAGUGAUAUUCUUCAAAAGCACUACUCAUAUGUACGCUUUGCGUGCCUAUUUUUAUGUUCUCAUUUGAAGGAAAGUUGGAAAAAUAAGCCUCGGCUCUCACAAGCCGUGACUUAGAAGGGAACUCACGCUUUCACGAUCUAAUCAAGCCGCGGUUUCUUAAAAACGUGAAACCAAGAGCAUGAAUAAGUUGACGCUUGGUUGCCGCCUAUGCAAAACACACUGUGCAGGCGUAGGUGUCAUCACGCAUGCGUUUUCUUGUACUUGCUUACCUUCGAAAUUGAGGGAAGGGGGGGGGCGAGAGCGGUCGAAAUCAACAUUAAUGGGGAUUUAGGCGAAGGCAACUUAAGGGGAGAGCUUCUGUAGGCUGCGCUUGCGUUUUACGUUAGCUGUAGGAUAUUUCCUCGUAUAAAUGGCCCUUUAAUACAAAGGUAUGUUCUGACUUUUCCCGCUCUUAUUUACCUUUUCUGUAUGGUCCUUUUUAGUUUCAAGUUAGUUCGCCCAAAGUUGUUGAUGGUGUCUGUAAGCCAUAUUUGGUUCUUGAAACAACCAACUUGAGUGCCACUGUCACCAUGGAAACAUGGAUCCUCAAUGCAUCUGCAAAGCUUGGAGCUAUUGAGCUCGUCGAUCAUUUGAACAAAGGUAUUCCAAGUGUUCGAAAAGAUAGGUGGAAACAUGUCAAUUAAAUUACAUGUUUGGUUCACUUUUUGUGUCUCUGUUAGAUCUUGAGGGUAGAAGGGUUAUUAAAUAGCUGUUGGCCGUGUGACGGAGUUUCAAUUACAAUCCUUCAUUUGGCUUGAAUUGUUUAGCAGACGUAGAAGUGACUUUUGUAGAUCCGUGUAGUACUCUUAACUGUUAGAGUAGCUUCAUGAGUUACCAAUACUUACUCACAAAACACGACCAUAGGAAAAAUGGACAUUAACAAAUGCAGUGAGGAAAUGGAAAUUUUCUCUGUUCGCGUUAGAAAUGCAAAUCCUUUAACUAGAGUAUGAUAUGCAGUUUCGUAUAAAAAAGCAAUGACGAUGAAAAGACUCCGUCGUGUUUGUAAAACAUUUUUACUCCUGGCCUCGGUUGUUCAAAGGGCAGAUAACGCUCUCCACUGGAUAAAUCGCUCUUCGGUGGAUAGCGCAGUAAGUUUUGUUAACAGUUAUCCGCUGGAUAAUGAUUUAUCCGUUGGAUAGCGUUAUCCACCCUUUGAAGAACUGGACCCUGAUGUUUUGUGUUUCUUUAAGGUGCGGAUGGUUCGCCAGUAAAAUUUUUGUCUUCCUCUCAGGAUACAGAUCUUAUUUCUGUUUCAUACAAAAGGGUGAGUGAAAUGACGCCCAAAUAAGAAACUUUAACUGAACAUCAUUCUUUGGGAAGGCAGGAAUUACUUGAUGGGUUGUAUGUUUUCCUGCCCUGCCAAACCUGACUCAGUCAAUACGCAUUGUAUUAUGACUGUCGCUCUCCUGUAUUCUUUCUGUUCGCAUUGCACUGGGCUAGACGGCGUUUUCAGGCCGUGCCUCUCCUAUCUCGAAAUGUUUGUUAAUAGUAAAAGUUCUCGCAAGGCCGUACGGGUCACAUGUUAAAUUAUGGUACUUUAUGUAUAAGAAGUUGUCAGAGAAGAAGAGUUAGAUACUAGAUUAUUACUUUUACUGUUUUUCAAAGGUUGAUCCUAGAUGUCCAGAAUUCAAAUCGACAUUCCGCACCGUAGAGCAGCAAGUAAAUGUCAGUUUUUCAACGCUGAAAAUAGAUUGUCUUCAAAAAGCUCUGAUGGAUUUGCAAAUGCAUGGCCUUGCUCUUCUGUCGAGGUAACACAAUACAGAUACCGUAAUUAUUCUAAUAGACCAGUAAUAAGAUAACAAUACAUUAUUUUGUUCAAUAAUAUAGUAAAUUGUUUACGCUCUUGCAAAGAGAUGCUCAGGUUUUUGUUUCUCCAGCUAGUGCUUUCUAAAGAAGCCAACUAACGAAACAUUUAAAGCGAAUGCCCAGAAUUUCUCUGGUAACCAUCACACUCUCCCGUGUCGCUUUGUGGUUUAAAUGUAUAGUUGUUUUAGUCUUAUCAUUAAAGUAAGAAAGAAAGCUAUUUUUUUAAUUACUCCAAAGUCAUCGUCUUAUUCUUAACUUUCUUAAAACUUCCUUCAUCAGAAGCGCAUAAACAGUAAUUACACUUGAAAUGCAAUAUCAACUUAGGUUUAUUUACUUACCGAAAAAUUUUCCUCUUUUUUUUUUUUUUUUUUUUGUAGUUUAGGAGACUCCUCAAGCGCUCAGAAGCCAGACAGUGCGAUUAAUACUGAUUCAGAGCAGAAAGUACAAAGUGUCGUGAGCCUGAAGUUGAACGCCGAACUGUCAGAAGUGGAUGUUCUUGUCAGGAUCUCCCAUAAAAAUCUGGCGAGAGUCAAGGUUCAAGGUACGUGUUCACAACAUCUUAUUUCAGUUGCCAUUAACUCCAGAAGCUACCGACUGGAAAAGGCCUUUAACUACAUAGGACAGGCGCAAUUGUCUCUAACAGAAAUAUAGUUCAACAUGGCAGUACAGUUUCUUUCAACAAUUAGCUUUUAUCGUCGCGGUUGAUUUGACCUCCUUUAGAAUGAUCCUAUGAAAAACACUUUGUAGGCAUACCCUUGCAACUCUAAUUGACGUUCUACUUCAGGUUUAAGUGCAGAAUUUCUUCUGUGGGAUGACGGAAUUGUUUUAAAAUCCAGGUGAGUCUUGUUUUGUUAACUGCUUAACCCUUUGACUGCUAAGAGUGACUAACAUCUACUUUCUCCUUACAAUAUCAUCCCUGAAUCACACAUAAAGGUCACGAGAAUAAAGGAAAUGAUCACCAACUAAACAAGCUCUUGACUGGUGAACAGAUUCUCCUCAUCAGCACCUAAGGAAAUGUAUAGAGAACCGUAUGGAGAAUAUGCAUAUUGAUGUUAGGGUGUUUAGGGUUAUUUGCUUUGGGUCAAGAAAAUUGAUUUAGUCGAAGUUGGGAAAGGGCUGGGUUAGGUUCUGCACGUUGCCAUUUUCAUUGUGGAAAAAAAGGUAUCAGUGAAGCAUUGUAGUUAUCUUGAUAAACCAUAACAUACACGUUGCAGUGGAGUGACACUAUUUUCCAUCUUUAUUUUUUCGUUGUAGGCAGAAUGAUCUCUCUGUGGUCGACCUGAAUAGCCAAACCUAUUAUCCCAAGGUAAAAUUUCUUAAAUAAGCUGUUUGCUGCUUAAGUAUUUGGUGUGUCAAGGAAUAAAUGUCAAUGAGAUUUAUAUUCUGUCCAUAUAGAGAUCACCCAUUGUCCUCAUUGUUAAAAUCUAACCAAGGACACUUCAUCAUGUUAAAAAUGAGCUAUAUAAAGACACCUAUCGUAUAUAGAUUUAUCAAAAGUACACGCCAAAUCCUUGUAAUAUUUACGUUGAAUCCUGAGAAUAAUUGUGUUCUCCAACCUGCAUAAGGGUUUCAAUGUUGUGUUUUGUAAACUCAAUUACAUAUUUACGUGUUGUGGGAUAGAAAUGAUUAGAAUUAGCUACACAUCUACAUGCAUUCGGACGCUCGUAAAGGUAUGAUUGAAGCACAGGUUGAAGAUUUCAUAUGCAACUGAAUUUUUUUUUUGGAUUAAGCGGGAAUAACUCCUGUAAGGAUCUGAUGAAAUUUUUGGACACUAUCCCUAUGAAAAGUUUAAGGGUUAACAGGUUAUUCCUAGAACUUCCUUUUAAAUGAGAUAUAUCUUAAACGCAAGCAUUGUUUUAUUAAUUAUUGCUUUGCGGUAACGAAAAGCAGUGAUUUUAAUAUUUAUUCCUUUACUUGCAACGUCAGAUUAUCUCUGUGGAGAAUGAAAAUGUCUUUGACUUCGAGGUAUGAUUAACUUCCUCUUUUCACUUCGUAGCGAUGUCUUUGAAAUUAAUUCUUGUCAGAAGCUUUUAUGUAGACUAUGCAUCGUGGUCAAACAUUUGUGAGUUUGUUGUGUGUGCGGCCAGAAACCUGAGUUACCAUAAGUUUGUUGUCCAAAAUGGCGGCGCCCGAAGUCGAGUUCUUAACACAUUUCUCGACAGUGUUCGACAAGGUGUCAUUGGAAUCUACCACCGCAGGGGAAAGAAAAAAAUUUAACAUAUCUUUACAACUGCAGUGAUAAAAAUACGUGAUUUUUGAGCUACAAUGUAAGCUCUCCUUACAGGAAAAGUGAUCGAAAUGUUGCCAGUUUUCAAUGCAAAUGAAAUACCUUUACCUUAUACAAUUGAUAUGAUAACUUCAUGAUGAAGUAUCUCUCUUCCAGUUUAAAUAUUUCAACAAAGGAAAUCUUCCCAAGAGUGACCCAAGUCCUGCUGACCUUACACGACCGGAUGGGUACCUUGAGUUAAACAUUGGGAAAAUAAACAUCGUCUUUUUGUAUCGAUUCAUAACGGAAUUGAUGGUGAGUGCUUCAGUUUUUUGUGCAGAAAAAUUUCCUCUAUGGAGUUGCUGUAAAAAAAAGUUGCGGCAGUUAUCAGUUAGGCGGAACAAAUUGGAUUGUUAGAAGUAAUUUUAAUGGAAAACAAUGCCGUGAGGUUGAGUAGUUACGUUUAGCCGUAUAAAACACGAUGCUAGACUGUGAUUGGUUGGGUGACCUUGAACAUCUGUGAUUGGUGCAUUUUUAUCUUAGCUGUAUUGGUGAGUUGUGCCGUCGACUGGCUGCUGGUUUACAGCCCUGUUUUUUUCAUUCAACUUUUCGUGAGCAGUGAGACAAACGAUAAUACUUCGUUAUUUAAGUGGAAAAGCAGCGCUCGGCACCAGUAAGAAUGCAUCUUUAGUAGUAUUAGAAAAAUGUCAUCUGUACUCUUUUUUAACUCCAUCUAUUGCUUCUUUUCCAAAGCAAUUCGUUGAACCUUUAACAAGUCCUCAGUCAACUCAGUAUGUACAAGAAACAGCUCAAAGGGCAGUUACAGAACAGGUAACUUCAUGUUUUAAGUUUCUAUUAGAGUUGCAUUGACAACAGCGCCUUAGCCCUGUACUCUUUCGCAGUCUCCUCCUCGUCUUUUUGUCACACUCUUGGCAUUAUUACCCUCCCUCCCCUCCCCAACCUUCCCAUCUACAUUAUCUCUCCCUUUUCUUUUUGUCCAUGAUCCUCGACCGGAAUAUUUUAUUUUCUAAUUUCAUUGAUCCAAAGCUAUUGUCAGGACGCAUAAGGGUGUAGGUUGCUGAAGUAACUGUGGUGCUGCGUUGUUGGAGAAUAUUCCAAGAUAAUUUGGCUCUGUCAACUGAAUUGAUGAUGAAAAUUGGCCACCGUAAAGUUUUUCUAAAGGUGACGUUUUUAACGUUUCCCCUUCGUCUGGGCGAAUAAAAUUGUGAUGCAUUUUGCGAUGUAUUUUGCUUAUUGAGGUACCGUUAAAUGUGAUAUUUAAGGUGGAGUCCAUCCAUAGUCAAGGAACUCGCAUCGGCUUAAAAGUGGCCAUCAGUGCCCCUCUUGUGAUCAUUCCACGUCACUCUCGCUCAGCGGAUAUGCUUAUUGUUGAUCUUGGACAUUUGGAUCUUCAAAAUGAAUUUGAUGUUCUCCCUACAUCACUGAACGACGAGAACAAAGAGGCUGUAUUCGAUAUAAUGGAAUUGUCUCUUCAAUCGCUGCAACUAGCGAGGUGAGAUGGUGAUGAUGUUGGCUAAUAAAGGUCUUCAAAAUAGAAAUAGCUAUGAUGGAAUUUAUAAACAGUUAUGUACGAGAAACAGCUAGGUAUUGAUUUUACAAGUGGAUAGAGUUCUAUUGGUGUUUUCUCAUUUAGAUUCAAUGUGCAUAAAGGUGAAUUUUGUCCUGAGAAGACUACAUGAAAUAUCAGAAAAGAAAAAUGACGUUACUCAUAGUAAUGAAAUAUUAUCGUCUGUCUCACGAUGUCGUCGUUUCCGAUGUGGAUUGCGACGUUUCGUAAGUCUUCUUCAGGCGAUAAAGAAGACUUUCAGUACCCAGUUCAAACGUCUCAAUCCAUGUACGAAGUGAUCUCGUCGUGAACCAAACGAUAAUACAGCAGGUAAUUUAGUGUUAACGACUGAGUUGAAAACGUAAAUUAGCCACCCUAAAGGGUAAAAAAACUGACGUUUCGAGCGUUAGCCCUUCGUCAGAGCAAUCGCGGUGGCUAGUUUACGUUUUCAACUCAGUUGUUAACACUAAAUUACCUGCUAUACUCUCCCACCGACGCAGCACCACAGUUUCUUUAGAAACUUACCCCUUUAUUCAAACGAUAAUACACCCUUACAACUUGUAUAAUGUACUGAAAAGUUAUUACCAAAUUGCCUUCCUUCUUUACGUAGAGGUGUGAUGGAUACAAGUUCGUCUGCGGUGAUCAAGCGACAUCUCAUUGAACCAAUAAAACUAGAGGCAAACAUCAAGCGUUCUCUAUUACCUUCUUGCAAUGAGAUUCCAAUCAUAGAUUGCUCAGCUACUCUGGACUUUGUCAAGGUAUUUUUACUGUUUGGCUCACGAUGUAGUUAUUUCCUCUGUGGGGGCAACGUUUCGACUACAAAGUGAGGUGGACUGGUCACUCGUCACGCUAUACCCAUAAUGCUCUGGUAUCUUUUGCCGAAAAAAAAAAACGGAGAUAGAGAAUCCAUUGCGAAAGAUGUUAAAUUUUGUUCAAAUUUCACCAUCCCAACUACUUUAAUCUGUUUAGUGUUAUUUUUGAUGUUUGCUUCUAAAGAACACCUUUUGACUAUGAAUGGCAUAUUUUCUAUAACCCUUGAAGGAAAACAAGAAUUUGGUGUCAGAUCAAGAUUACAACUUCUACCUGAUAAAUUCGAGUCUUCUCAUAACCUGUUUGCUGGAUAACGUAUCGAUAUUGUAUGGAGAAUUUACAUGUGACUCGCCUCUGGGAGUUAAAAGGUUAACCCUUGCUUUUUUUCCCUUCCCUUUUUUAAUCUUUGUUUUCAGAUGAAUCUAGGUCGACAGGAUUACCACGUUCUCACGACACUUUUCCAAGAAAAUAUGAAAGAAGCUGAAAGUGUGAGACUGGAAGGUACGAACACGUCUAGUAUCGUCUAGUACUAAAUUGACAUUUAAAUUGAAGCAGAGAUUGCUCUCGUUAGAAACUUAGAGGAGGUGGGUACCUAAUGAAACUUGUAUUUUUUUUUGCAUUCUUUUGCUUUUCAGACCAAACGAGACUUGAUCAAAGCAUCGCAGAGGAACAAGAGGAACGUAUUGACCCGUCUACCGCAACAAAUAUCUCAUCUGGUAUGAUAUUAUUCGCAUUGAUUAUUUUCCAUGCGAUUGAAAAUGACGAAAAAUGUCGAUAGUAACUGAAAAAGAUCAGAACAAAGAAAACAAUAAAGUCAGCAAUCGUUAUAAGCGCAAAAUUCAAAGCAGAAAGAAUAUUUUACCCUGUCGACGAGUCAUGAAACUUACUUAGUGACGGUUCUAUGUGAAGAGUGAUUAUCUUUACAGAACCUGGUGUACCCGAGGAAACUGCGAAAACUGCGUGGGACAGAAUGGUGUUUUCAUUUGAUCUUGCUGGUGCUAGUCUUAUUCUAUACAACAAUGAGACGCCUUUGGUAAGUUAAGCGUUGAUAUUUUUACUGAAAGUUGUUAGUUUAGUUUUGCACAGAGUGCAAAAUUAAACCAAUCCAAACCCGGGUUACUUUCGGCAAUCAUUUGAAAGUUACUUUAUGGUGGUUCGGUUUACUUUAACAACUGCAGGACCCGUUUGAUGCACAGUCGUCGGUCUGCGAUCCAGCUACAAAGCUCUGUUUAUGUCAUGUGGAGGAAAGUGCAGUUACCGUGGUUUUGCCAAGUGACAGCUCUGUUCAAAUUCACUGUGUACUUAAUGGCUGUGUGGUCGAGGAUGCCAGAGAAGGAACAAUUUCUGCUUUUCCUAGGUUAGUGAAUGAAUGUAGGCUUGAUAAUUAAGUUUGUUUGUGACAUCAAAGGAAUUACGCUGUUUCCUUUGAUAGUUGGCUAGGAGAUUAUUAACUGGUUAUAGAUGGUGCUGUCUUGAUUACAUAACGAUAGUUUUCUUGCUAAAAUGUGUGCAAUUUCUCUGUACAUCGUUUGUUCGCUGGAGGGGUAGGACCUGUGGGGUUAAUACCUCACUAAUUUGAAGGUUUCGUGUCUUUUUUCCCAAAGGUUAGUGGACAAAAAGAUGGCGUCACACUCCGGAGCUCGAACAUCUUCAUCCUCUAAAGAAAUGUGUGACGUACUUUUCUGUCAGUUACCGUCAGGGGAGAUGAAAGGUUUGCUAUUGUUGUUUUAACCACUGAUGAGUUACAUAGUUGCAUAAUUCGUGCAGCAGUAAGGAAUCGCGUGCAUCUUCUUUUUGGCGAAUUUACUGCUACUUUUGAAGGUUCCAAGACUAAAUCUGUGAUUGCGAAAACAUUGCUAUUUUAUUUUUCCUCUCAUACUGGUUAUUUCACUUUCUCAUGUAUUUCUUUUCUUUUCUCUUGUUGUUUUCAUCUUUUGCAGUCCAAGUGUCCUUGCAAAACGCUACCAUUUUUGUCAACUUUCCUUUCUUGUUCCUUUUACUGGAGUUCAUCACCAUUCCGCCAUCCGACGUGAAUCAUUCUCGAGAGCCACAAGUCUCAGUAGUCAGUCAAACCUCUCUGGAUGCUUCAGGUGUUAGGGACCCAGAAACUCCCAGGGAGGGGAGGGAUGCACAGAUACACAGGACUGAAAGUGGAGAUGUCACUUCUACUGAUGCUCCUAGUCAAGUAGAUGCUGCAGCAUCGCCUACUCAAGAGACGCAGCUGAAAAUUGUUGUUCAUGGUGUAGUGGAAGAUCCAAACAUUGUCUUACUUUCUGACGCUACAAACAAAGAGAGCGAGGCGCUUAUUGUUCAGGUGACUGGAUUUUGGUCGCUGUUUUUGAGCAUGUUGAUAUUUAUGUAAUCAGAUAGACAAAGAUACAGAGGUUAUCGCGACUGAAUUGUUAUGACCAACUUACUUUGCUUUCUACAUUUACCUUUUUGGUUAACUGUCUGUUGACAUGUCUUUUUAGUUCUGUUAUCUGGGAUUUUUUAUCGGUUUUCUUAUAUGAGAAUCAUAGUCGAUGACCAUUUGAUUAAAGAAGUCGUUAUCUUUCAAUGGGUGCCAUUUUGAUUGAAGCAACGCAGUAGCAAAUCAAACCUUGCGUCUUUGUAACAUGGUUACAGAGUUCUUCAUUCUUGUGGCCGUUUUCUCGUUUGCGCUGUGAUAUUUGAUAAAUCUUCCAUAUGUUGGCAAAAUAAGAAAACUAAAACUAAUAUGUAGAAUGAACAUUUCAAAAAAUUUAGGCGAAAGUGGAGUUUGAUUACACUUUGGAAGGAGUGAAGCAGAGUCUUUCAGCGGAUUUGGAAAAUCUCCAAAUGCAAGCUGCACAGUUUCCUGAUGUUAAAAGGACAUCUUAUAAGGUAACGUAAAUAAGUAGGUUUUUGCUUCUCUUACCGUAGCCCGUGCAUUAAUGAGAAGACUUACUGGAUUAUGCGAAGAGGUGAUAAGUCAAUAGAUAGCUGGAUGCAACGAGUGUGGACGAUAGAAGUUGCCUUUUGUUCGUACAAAUGGCUUUUCGUGCCUACACUGUAGCCUUAAUGGAGAAAACUACAAAGACGCACAUAACCUUUUUUUAGCAUCCAGCUGUAUAACCGACUUUUAAAUGGGAAUUGUUUUUUUCAGGUUUUGAACCCUUGUUCGUUGUCAUUUAAGUACUUGACACCGGCCUCAACUGAGGGUGGUCAAGACAUCUCUAUUACAUUAGAAGAAAUGGUGUUCGAAUUCUCUCCAGGACUCUUCACUACUUUCAGUAACGUAGUUACAGCAUUAACAGGACAGCAAAAGGUAGCUGUCUUUAUGAGUUGAACUUUUAUUCAAACGGAGCUUCAACAUCUCUCUCCCCCCCUUGGCAAAUCCCCAUUCAAAUUUCCGCCCCCCUGAGCCACCCAAGUGCCGCAAAAAUGAACUCUUUACCUCUGAACACGAUAACGAUAACUACGUGAAUUCCGGUGGAAAAGGCUUAACAGUUCCGGUUCAAAUUUAUUUCCCAUCCAAUCCAGGUAAGGUUCAAAAUCCCCACCCUUCGGACAUGGAUGACAGAGAAAUUUUCUGGGAGACCUGCCCCUUGCCGGGGGGAAAGAAAGAGUGUUUAAGCUUCGAAUUGAUCGGUGCAAUGCAUUGCGGAAUUUUGAAUUGUAGCGGGCUGGAAUAUUCAUUUUAUGUUCCAGGGAAACCACGCGACCUUCGAUGGCAGGGAUGUUGUCAAUAUCGACGAUAAAUGAAGAUGAUAAUUCUAACGGUGUAGUGUUGUACAUUUUUCACUAGUAAGCCGGGUUCUUCAUUUUUAUCAACCAACUGACAACAAACAACGAAAAUAGCCCCAAUCUGCCAAAGAGAAUGAAUUAAUACUCCAAGGGAUAUGAAAAUCACAUUUAUGACAAAAAAGUCGUGUAAGAAAUUUUAUCUCCCUGAUAAAGAGAUGAGCCGGGCUAAUGGCUUAGAUUAUCAUCUAGAUCUCCGAGCAUGGAAAGUCCGAAAGUAUGAGUUCGAUUCCAUUUGUUAUUUUGAUUGGUAGGUCGAUGAAAGCGUUCAGACAGUGGGUGAUGAGGUGGUUAGCGCGCCAGCUGACUUGUGGGAGAGUAAACCGGCCUCUGCUGAGUAUUGGUAUAAGAAAAAAGGUUGGCGUAAGAAAUUACGUUGUUUAUACAUACAAAUUCCAAUAGGAACAAUAACCCUGUUUCAAAAUAAUUUUUCCAGAGGUAGAGGUUAUAGCCAAAACUUCUUUAACAUAUUUGUAUGUGAAAAAGAAAUGUGAUAAAUUUUACUCCAAUUUUUAUUCUGUAGCGAUUGAAGACGCCAAACCCAAGUUGGUGACAAGGAGAGCGUCUGGUGAUAAGGUUAGUAUGUCUACUGUAAUCUCACCUAAACUUAUCUUGACUCUAACCCUUUAACUCCCAAGAUCUGAUCACUAAUUCUCCCCUCUAGCUCCUACACAUUUCCUUGUAAAUCAGUUAUGAGAAUUCAGUGUUAGAUCAAGGCAACAACUUCUACCUGAUAAGUUGAAGUUUUCUCAAUACCUGUUUGCAGGAGAAUGCAUUGAUAUUAUAGGGAGAAGGUCUAUGUUAAUCUCUUCCAGGAGUUAAAGGGUCAAUGCCUAAGAGGGAAUGCACAUUCUGAAUGGCGCAUUUACAAGUUCAAAACUAAAUUUAUAUGUACGUUCAUUUUUACUUUCAGCUCAGCUUGACAAUUAAAGAAGUUCAACUGGUGUUGGUGAAUGAGGUUGAAGGUGCCCAUAUUCCUUUGCUGUUGAUUCGCUCAUGCGCGACAGGCAAAGUGUUUGAUUGGUCUGCUCAGGUAAGUUAAAGAAUAUGUGAAGCUGAGAUGAACCAUGUCCUUAUCAGCUUUGAUGUUUGACCCCCUUGUUAAAGAGUUUUGUGGAAUUCAAUGUAAUAAAGGCGAGCUCAAAAUGUAACUGAAUCAUUUAAUUCUGUGUGAUAACUUCAGGGGUUUCAAUGACUUUAUCCCUAAGGGCUGCCAAUGGAGUAAUAGGCAGCUGUGCCCGGAAACGAACCGAAAGGCGAAACCGAAACCCAAACACGAGGGUCUGCGCAGGCUCAACAGAUGGCAGUAAGAGUUCUUAUAGGCGGCGGUACACCGCCGGUCACAAGUUUGUAAUGAAACCCCCGUAAUAUUAUUUUACUUUUUCACUUGUAAAACAGCUAAAAGUUGAAGCAGAUGUAGCGGCACAGGUUUGUUACUACAAUGAGUGCCUUGCUGUUUGGGAGCCACUGUUGGAGCCGGUUAUAGUCGAAGACCAAAAAACCAUGUGGGAAGUACAACUUAAGGUAAUAGUUAGAUGUGUUCCUGCUUGCAAUGACCAUGUUGUUCACCCUUAAAACUCCAGGAUAACUGGAGCAUUUCUCCUAACUGUAUCACCCCUGACUCAAGUGUUUAGGUUAUAAGAAUCACAGCAAGACCUAUGAUGCACCAAUAUCCUAUCCAUGAAGAGUCUCGACUCACCUAGUCAGUUUAUUCUUGGGAGACCGAGCAGUGUUGUGGGCCACUUUCUCGCAAAAGAGUAAACAAACGUGUAGAAAGACCAUUACUUUGUGUUGCAAAAAUGUAAGCGAACGCUUUUUCUCCGUGUAGUUUUUCCUUGCCGAUGGAUACGUUUCAAGUUUCUCCCCGAAAGAUUCAGAAUUGUGUGACGGUACCCCGCGAGAUGUUACGAACGCUCACCAAACUGGAGAUGCGACAGACUCUGGUCUGCGCUCUUUGGCUGAAAAGAGAUCUUCAUUCAGAAGGAAACGGCGUUUGUCUUCAGAACGGCGAACAUGGUACAAUUUGUGAUUGAUAAGCACAUAUCGUGGAAAGUAGCACGGCAAACUUCCUUUCCGGUGUGCAAAAAUAGGGGUCCGUGGAAGGUUGUCUGUAGCCCCAGUCCAUUUUAGUGAUCUGUGUACCAAAAGUCCGUUUUCUCGGGAAUUCGUUUUCGUUGAAAGUUGUUGCCAAAGUGACAUGGGAGAUUAGUGCUGUUUUAGACACACAUUUGCACGUAAAUAUAAUUUGUGACAGCUAUCUCUAAUGUUCAUCUCGAAGGAAAUGUUUCACUUUCUGAGAUGAAAAAAAUUUAUCUAUCGUUGUAGGCCAAGAAGGAAACAAAAGCGUCGUCCACGAAUAACCGGCCCAGCAACUGACGAUGAAGGUGAUCUUGAUUUCAACGGGGCCUUGACUACGUUCAUCCAGUCCACCCAGACGGCAUUCAUGGACCCGUCUUUGGAGGUUGAGAGCGACAGUGCCAUAGAUGUGGUUGAUGCGCCGCAGGAUGGAGUCGGGGCUCCUUCCGCUGACCAUGAUGACAAGCCGACGCAAGCCAUGUACAUGGUCAUCAGUUCACAUGAUGUUAUGCAAUUGACCGUUACUUCUACAGCUGUAAAAAUUCUAUCUGAGCUGAGCGAGGUAUUAGAGACCUUUAUAUUCUAAGGCGAGUAAGACUGCCAGUUCUAAUUGAAUCAACACGCGCAAACUUGCGUUAAUUUGGCGGGUAAAUACGACAGCCUUCAACAGCUCUAACUUGUGAUAAAUACAGAAUAAGGGCGCUACUCUGAACUCGGCAGAGAUACGUUUGUGGUGUUGGGUUUAUUUUUCAUUUUUUUUCUAUGAACGAUUGUCAAUAUUUUGGGCGUUUUUUUUAUUGUAAGCCUUAGAGGUUCUGGAUUAGUACAUGAUGUAAAGUUACUUUUCUUUCUUUGUUGAUGUCAGCGUAGUUUAUACUAUUGGAGUCUUUUUACUUUCUCAGCUGUGGACGAUUGAUAGAACGAAGAAACUGAGAACAGUUCCUCUGGCAACCUUUGUCAUCCAUAACGAGGUGUGCUGUAAAACGACAACGGUCUCCAUUCUUGUCGUUAUUUUUAGAAGACGUUUGCUUUACAUCGUAUUUAGCGGUAGUGAAACCUGUUUUAGCGGACAUUCGCUUCUCAGUUGUUAACAGAAAUUAAGAGCGCCUUCAACGGUUCUUAUCAGGACUACCCUCUCCUGGGCGAUCAGACUACUCGAUCUAAUUAAUUUGUUUAUAAUUAUUUAAAAUAAAUUAGUUUGGUUGGCGAGAUAUUCAAAUAUAAAUUAGCUAAUAGGUGCACACUUUUUUAGCUUGGAAUCCAUGCGGCAGUGACAGUGAGCCAUAAGCUUCAGGUAUGUGCUAUUCAGAUAGAGCACUUACUACCAUAUUUUCUCUUUUACCGCCUACGAGCUCUGUGUUUCUACAUGGUUGGCCAGGGUCUUUGUUUAUCGGGUAAGAUGCUUUCUUUUCGUGGUGGCUCUCUACAAUCGUGUAAAAUAGUUUAGGACCGGUUAACUCUCUGAUAAAUUCUGGCAGGUACGCUAGUUAAUCUCGUAUGUGGACAACAUGGGUAACGUGGCUCGUGGAUUUUCCUAAAACGUCCUAAUCUAAGUUUAUGUGAAUUUUUCUUAUUAGGAUGAGCCAAAUGUCUGGUAUUUGUUGUAUGUUCUAGCUAAAGCAUCUCAUUUUUCUUGCCAAUUGUCUUUUUUUACCAUUAGGUCUCAGAUACGGAACAGUUAACCGUACGUCAGAGAAUUCCGAAACUGCCAGCCAUAGGGAAUUCUGGCCUUGCAGAUGUCGCCGUAGACCUGGCCAAUAAGACACAACGAUAUCCACGUGACGAUUUUGUGCGUUCAAUAACCGAGCCAGUAUUUAAUCGCCUCAGGGAGAAACUCUACAAAAUACGAAGGAAAAGAACCUCAUCUGAUCCGGUGACUCUCGAUGCCAUCAGGCAGCGUAAAUUGUCCCUUCAGGGUACAGUUUCUUUCCAAAUCGGCCCAGAAGAAUUUAGGAAAAAACUUGCUUUAAGGAAGGGUCUUUCUCUUGAUUCAGUCACGACGCAGACGGACGGAAACACUGAUACCCAACAAACACGCACUGAAUUGUCCUCAGAGCGAGAUAAGGUCAAAGUUAGGAAGGAAAGCGAAGAGGAAACGUUAAAUGCUCUACCACACCUUGAAGAACGUGAAGGGGAAGACAGUGAGUGACCCAAGUGCAAGUAACAAAGUAAAAAACACUAAAUAUGGAGAGGCUUCAAUCUUACAAAAAAGCGACCAUAGGAUCCCACGACAACAUUCCUAGAUAGCUUUCUUUUUUUUUGUUUUUUCCGAAGAAAUAGAAUCGAACUCUUUUUGAGAUUUACAUAAAUGUCAUCUGCUUUAUUAUUUUUUUUUUCAAUUUUUUUCAGCUGUAUUUAUUGGGGUCUCUUGUUUACAUGUAAAUUGAAUGCUCGCCGUGAAAGUGUUUUAUCAUUAUUAUCGCAAAAAAAAUUGUUUGAAAAUGAACUCUAAGGAAAGAGUACAGUCUAAUAAGUUUUAAACAACUUAAGUGAAUGAGAAAUAUGAAAGCCGCCAUGCAAAAUACUUUGUGGUCAAAAAUUAAGAGAAGAGUUUAUCCAAAUCACGCAAAGAAAUCUUUGCGUAUCAUUCUACUCUGAGAUUUUCGAAAUUGUAUUUUAUGAUAUUACACAUUUGAAAUGUGUCCGAAAAAAGUUGACUGAAAUGUAAAACCUUUUUUCGCUACAGGUCUUGCCAAAACGCAAGUGGGUCAUGCAAUUGCCAACGUCGGUUCUUUGGUUAGUGGGUUGCUUUCACCUCAUCAUGAAAGAAAAAACAAGGACAAGCGCAGAGGAAAGUUCGGCUCUGGUGAUGCUACGGACGAUGACAACAUUAUCUCUUUAACUGUAAGUUACCGUCUCUCCUCUUUUCAGUCUUUGUUGCUUGUUCAUAGUCUCAAAAGUCUAUUAUAAAUGUGUUAACCUUAUUUUAUUGUUGUUGCGAUCUUGAAGUUAUAACAGAUACACUUAAACAGUGUGCCCUGGUUUAAAUAAAAUUACUUAUAAUUGCUCGUGUUCAACAAAGUUGAGUCAAGCACUCACUACAACCACUGAUUCAGGACAAGUUAACCUCGAACAACAAAACAUGUCCACAUUUAUUAGUCUGUGGUGACGGUGAAACCCUUUCUUAUCUAAAGUUUCAUUUAGACAGUUAAUUUAUUCUCUUCAUGCGUCUAUGCACUUAAGGCCUCGGGCAGAGAACACCAUUAAUUUUUGUCGGUUACCUGUCGGUUAAGGCAAGGUGCCCUCGUGUCCAGCCCCUGUGCCUCUUUUCCCUUCCUACGCCUCUCUUUCAAGUUUCUUUGGGGAGGCCUAAGGGAGUCCAUCGGAGGCAUGCACCUUUGGGCAGGGCUAAGGAUGGCAUUUGGUGAAUAUGGCCAAUCCAUCUUCAUCUUCUUCUUCUAACUGAAACUUAUUUUCGCUAGGUGGAUGGGUUUUACCAUAUGAAUGUCAUCUCCGUUAGUCGCUCUGGAUCGUUCCUGCACGAGCUUUCUCCACGAGAUGCACCGUUGUGUGAGGUAAUUAGGAUAACAGCGUUGUAUGACAGCUGGCGAAACUAAGUUUAUUUACGAAACCCCCAUUAUUUUGGCCAAUUCGGCGGGCUGUAUUUCACUGUACGGCCCGCUAAUUUCAAAAGUUUGUGUAAAUUGAAUAUCCCCCAUCUAUUUGAAACCAGAGAUAUAAUAAAUGACUUACUAACCUAGUUUUCUCGGUCCGCACUGUAAGUUACGGAGGCUCGUUUUUCCCACACGGAUUUAUGGCCCACGCGCUUCGCGCUUCGCGGUUACCGUUCUUCAAGGUGCGACCUUUUUGGUCGCCGUGGCAAGUAGAAAAAAAUGUUGGCGAGUAAAUUUGUAGAUAAAGUCGCUUUUACGUAGAGUUUGUGGUCUAAAGUUUAAGUGAGAUAAGUGUAUGCAUAAAAUGUUGUUAAUUCUCUCUAGAAAAUUUCCUCUUCAUCCUUGGUUGUCUUUGUAUUUAGCCUGGAGAUAUUCUAUGUACUUCAAAAAACGAACGCUAGCCUUUUUUUCCCCAGUUUUUCUUCGAUAAAUUUCAUUAUUUUUCUGACGAAUUAACUUUCAAUCUCUGCCAAACAUUUUAUGAUUUUACAUCACCAAUUGGUGGCUAUGAAAGUAGGUCCCACUGAGUCCUGAGUUUUAUUAAUUUUGUUUUCAUUUUGUUUUCAGGCAAAACACAAAUGGUAUGUCGUUGUUCAAGUAGAUAUAAAGCGCGGUCGUAAAACAGUCACUAUUAGGUCACCACUGCGGGUAAGAUGUCUAUUGUGCUUUCUCACCAAAACUUUAACCCACCGAAAAGGUGUCCACCGUGUUUAAUCAUCUUUAUCGAAAUAUAUAUUUGAUGUCAUCAUAAACUCUUUCCAGUGUCGUGGUCAUUAUUGCCGUGAAUGUGUGUAAUAAUUGCAGGAAAUUCGAAAAUUACUUGCCUCGCGGAUCAUCUGAGUACAUUAAACAUCUGCAAAUAUUACCCCUCCCCAUUUUGGUUGGUACUCUAACAUUGAGCUGCUGCAGGGUUCAAAAUAGUGGCCGAUCAACAAACUAUCUCUGGUUCAAUAUGUUUGUUCUAUGUGAGGGGGGGGGGUGGAAUUUGUUGCGAUGUGACGUAAUGGAUAUUUGUCUGGCCAAAAAUGGGUUGCGUCCGAGCAAAAAUACGUUUGACCGGAUAACUUUGGGGUCAGCCGGGACAUUUAUUCGAGUCUUGUAUUGCAAUCUUAAUCGUUUAAUAGAAGCCUGUGAAAUUCUCUCGUAGAUCCAAAACCACCUUCAUGUCCCAGUGGAUAUUUUCGUUAAGAGACGAGAUUCAUUAGAAUCGGGAGAAGACCAUCCUUUCAAACUCUUCAGCGUGGAAUCUGGUGGUGUGCAGAAUGUGCCUUUACAUACGGCUUACAACGAAGAGCUUUUCUUUAAACCUGGUGGUACUGAGUAAGUUAGGUUCUUUAGCUCAGCAAAGUAGCAGAAUUAUCUUUCAGAAUUAUUUCGUGUUUUUCCAUAUUUCUCCGUUGUGGAUUUGUAAGGGAAAACUUCUGCAAAACGUAUCGGAGUGCGAAGUACAACCUAAACUGGAACAUAAUUAAUCUUACCACCAAAAUACAUUCAAACUUUGUUGCAGAUAAUUAUUCCUUCAAUCAUUUCAUGCGACAUAACUGCAUCAUAUUGUCUUCUGAGCUCAUUCUGGAGUCGUAGUUCCCAUGCUUUCGGACGUGGGGAAAUGCUGUCUCCUCCUCCGUAUCAGCUACAUUGUUGUGUACUGCCUCAGAGAUGACGUUCUGUGCAUAGUUUCUGCCUGAAAACGGUUUUAGAUUUUGACCUUUGUGUUCUUGACAAGGCUAUGCUUUUCAAAGAAACCACUACAGUGCAUUCGUCUUUUUUGACUCCAAGUACAUGAAAGAGAAAAAGGAGCAAUCAAAUUUUAUCAUUCGAACUGAAUUUUUUGGAUGAAAUGUGGUGAUUUGUUUUUAUUUCAGUUUUGAUAUCUCAUCUUCCUCGAUAUCGUGGAGAAAGUUUUCCACAGGAGAGCCGUCUCACGUAUUGUCUUGUUCGUCAACGAUAACUUCAGAGUCUUCCUCCCCUUUUUUCAUCAAGGUACAGUUCUGUUUGAUGGGAGUAUUUAAAAUAGAUCUUCUAGCUUGCAUGUAAGAUCUAAAUUUACUAUUUUUGUCUCCAGGCCCUUUGUUUAACAGACAGCUUGAACAAACUGCCAACUAGUGACGACUCUCCCCAUCAUGUGAUCCAUUUGUACCCUCCCUUAGUCGUGCAGAAUAAACUUCCUUUUGAGCUAGACUUAUCAACAGAGGUAGGUAAUCGUUUUGUUAAUAAUCCCUGCUACUAUCAAAACCUUUGUGACCAAUAGGGAAAGUCUUCUCGGGGAAAGUAUUUUAGAGCUAUGUUCGAUGGAGUGUUGAAAUUAAUCCAGGAUUGAAUCGGUUUUGUUUAAAUUGGCUCAGUGAUUGGUCCAGAAAACUCGGGCCCAUCUCUCAACCGACUAGAUUCACUAAUAAAACAAAUCACGACUUGGUCACCCACGUCGUUCCGCGGUUGACUUGUUUUUACUUUGAGUUUGCAUCAGUGGACGAUGACUUUAUCAUUGUUCUAAUUGGUCGUUUUGAUAAAUCUGGUUUUGGUUUUUCAACACUUUUCGACACUGAAAACUGCUGCGUAAGGCCUGGUUUCAUGUUUUUACGUGUCUAGCGUAUCUUUGGCGAUCGGGAGGAUAUGGAAACCUCGCCAAACGAUCACUGACAACUGAGCUUAUCCUUCAGCUUGGUUUUAGCCGUUAACUGUAGGAAGGGAUUGCUAUGUAACUUAUCUUUACCUACCUGUGUUUUACCUUUUUGCCGAACGAUUUUCUCGCAAACAUGUAGAAACCCCGGGCCUUGCCAACGCCGUUGCUUGAUAUUUGGGUGAUUGCAGUCGCUGCAUUUCCCCUCGAGAGGAAGAAUAGUAUACUCAUACAGUUCAGAUACCGAAAACUCCACCGAUGGGUGUAUUGACUUUUGAUUAGGUUUCAUAACAUAGUAAGGAAAAAUCAAACUGCAAAUAUCUAAGAUUAAAAUUUAAGUGUACGAAGAUAAUUUUUAAAUUUUUUUUCUAUUUUUCUUUAUUUCACUAGGGGGGAGGGAGAGAAGACAAAGUACUCAGUGCUGGUGACAAAGUAACUUUUGUCAAUGUUUGUCCUGGAGAUGAUUGCAAAAUAACUGUUACGGUAAUACAGUAUUAUUCGUUUCAAUAACUUUAAAAAGUAUUUGGUUUUCAUUUUGGGUAAAAAUGCUUAUGUUCGUCUUUGCUGAUCAUCUUGUUCAAUAAUAUCGAAUCAAAUCAAUUGGUUAUCAAUUUAUAAUCUACAUUCAGUUAAUUCAACAUGCUCAUCGGCCAAGAGCACUUGUUUGUUUCAAAUUGUACUCGAAAUGAAUUGAUUGCCUGUACAAAUUUACAGAUUCGAUUUUAGUUAUAGGCUUUUUUCAUCGUAUUUGAAACUGUAAUUGUUUUCGUUCCAAUGCUAUAACAUUUAUUUAAUGGGGCACAAAUCCGAUGCAAGGACAUGCGCAUAAUGACUCUUUCAAUUUUUUAUUUUCAAUGCAAAGCUUAAAGAUUACGGAGAAGCCAAUUGGGUUGGAGAUAUCUUUGUGAAGAAACAACGACACAAAUCCCGUCAAUUACUUAUGCGUUCACAGAGAGACACCUCCAAAGAAUUGGUAAGUUACAAUGUAUUUCUCCACCUUGCCUUACUUCUUUCAUCCAGACUUAGUUCAAUGGCAUCCUCUCGUAUAAUUCUUUAAACAAUUUUGCUCGAGUGUGAUAGCUUUAAAAGUGUUUCGUUAUUGAAUAUGGAGCUAAGCACAAACGCGAACGGAAGCCUGAAGUUAAAAGCGACUUUUUGGUCAGCAUAAUUUCGUUAAAGGUGCUAAAACGACAACUCUACGGUCGAUUCAUCGGCGUAAAAACGCGCCAGAAUUAGUUUUAUUACUCUUCCAGUUGCCGCAGCGUCUCAAAAUCGCCUCUGCAUGAGUUCUCUAAUAUACCCUAAAACGUGGGAAUGCCCUUUUCUAUAUUCCAUCUUUCUUAAGUUAAAGGCGUAUAACUGAGUUUUGCCGAUCGACAUAUAUAACUUGUUUGUCCGUCUCUGUUUGAAACUGCGCGAUACUAAGGCUUAAAUAGACGUGGAGAAGUAUGGGAAUAGUAACAUUUAGCAAUUUGUAACGUUAACUUCAGAAGAAAUCUUCCAUUAAAAAAAUGAGUCGUCAAAGUUUCAAAGGUAAGUUGUAUUUUUUUGUUUUUGUUUUGUUUUGUUAGUCGCUUGGAGUGAAAUCGAUGCCCCAACAAGGGACAAGAGAGCUGUUGAUCUACUCUCCCUUCUGGCUCAUCAACAAGACUGGACUCCAUGUGGAGUACAGGGUAAGGACAAGAAGCCAGCGGCUUUUUGGUGUUUUCCUUAUUAUCAAUGUAUUGUCUUUCUAGUGUUGCCGGCUACAAUUCAUGUCCAGUGUGCAACGAUAAGAACAAGUCGACGAAAGCUAUUUUUAAUCCAAGGCAAACGGUGCCACGCGCGGGAAACGCUGGUUACCCUCAAUUUUCUUAUUUUGAAUCUGUUUCUUUUUCAUCCGUUUUAUAUUUGUAAUUCCCCUACCUAUCCCAAGUGUGGAAGCCAUGAACCAAUCUCUCUACACUGAGCAAAAAACACAUUUACCGGAAUGAUGGAUAACUUCUUGAAUUUAAAUCAAUUCCUUCUCGUUAAGGUCUCAAGAUGUGAACAAGUUUAUCGUCAGUCUGCUGUAGAACAACAUCCACUUCUUUUUAACUUCACUGAAAAAACCUAUAGAAAGGUAGGUGUGAAAUAUAGUUUGUCUUACACGAGAGCACUGUCUGCGCAUAGGCACAUUGGCGCAUACCGCUAUGCGUUAUGAUGACGGGCUUUCUUAGCAUCAACUGAAUUCGGAGUUAAGCGUGCAAAAAUACUGCUUCCUCUAAAAAGCCUUUUGCGGUCGACAGAAACUAUAGAUAAGUUACAAAAAAAAAAAAAUGAUCACAAAAAACAAAUGUUUUGGUAGCACAUCGAGAAACGUUUGGUUUGCCUACCUUGUUAUCGUGUUUUAGCAGCCAUGAGUUGACAAGAAUACAAGUGAAAGUUGCUUCGGAAAAGACGUCCUUGAACCUGGAAUUAUUUUAUUGUUUGUUUGUCUUCCCAGGCCAAGAUCCGACUGCCUGGACAUCCAUGGUCGAACAAAUUUUCUCUGGACGCUGUUGGAGAUUCUGGAAAGGUAACAUGCAAAGGAAGUGACUCAAAAAGGUUUGAGGUAAGAUAACUAGAGUUAGUACUGGAGGUACAUGUAGCGACCUUUAUUGUAACAAUGUUUAUGAAUUCUGUGUUCCGAAUUUGGCUCUCCAAGUGAUACAGUUACAUCAUAUCGGCUCGGAAUUACCUUCCUUGUUUCCGUUAGGAAUAAUGCUUCAACCUGCUCUCAGAUACGUUACAAAGGAAUAGAGAAGAGAAAGCUGGGAACCUGCCCAAAAAUGAUAUCUUGACCUCUCGCUCAGUCGAUGACGUAGUCAUGUUUAUUUUCGUCUCAGUCCUUGUUCGUUCAUUUUGUUUUAUACCCCUUGUCUUAUUGUUUCAGUUUAUCCUACAAAUUGAAAUGUCCAGGACAGGGCUGACAAGGGUUGUGACGUUAACCCCGAAAUACGUCAUCAUUAACAACACGGAGGUAUGUGUCAUUCAUUGCCCCUUUACAAAGUUUCCGUAUUACCUCGCCCGGCGCUUAUUUAAAAUUUCAGCUAAGAAGGGGCGCUUAUUGGAGGGCGGGCGCUUAAUCGAGGGGGGCGCUUGUUCAAUUUUCCUUUCAAUAAACUUACUUUAUUUUAGCUAAAUAUUAAAAAAAAAAACUAAAACUACAACAAUGUCUGCGUAGACGCGAAGUUGAUAUCUAGAUAGAAAAAACUGGAAGUGACUUAACGAAAAAGAAACCAUUCUCACACACUGAUUCCACUGUUUUUAAAGCUUUAAAAGUCAGAAAUAUAGUGGCAAUAGAAACAGGGUUUCUUUGUAUCCCUAUAGUGUAAGAAAAUAGGGAAGGAGGGGGGAGCAUAAUUAAGAGGGGUGCUUGUUUCACAUAGUGGCCAAGGGGUGGGUGCUUAUUUGGGGGAUGGCGCUCAUAGAGCGCGGGCACGGUACCUUUAAAAGGUUACCUGGUUAUGAAAAAAGUGGUUAGAAUCUAUACUUAACUAAAGGCCAGUUCCCCCCACCAACAACACAGCAACAACACGGCAACAACACAGCAACAACACAGCAACAAUACAGUCUGCUUUUGGCUAUGAGAGCCAAAACACCCUAGAAGCUAAAUCCUUGGGGGUGGGAGAUAUCUUUAUGGGUAGCUCAUGAAGGAAAGUACCCUCUUCCCCGACUCAUCGUUUAUACCGGCAUUUCUUUUUGUUUGAUUGUGUUUAUUCAAUUUGUUUUGCUUUUUAUGAAUUGUUUAUAGAAAAAGAUGGAAAACAGAUUUAAGUUUGUUAAUAAUCUUUAUUACUAAUAUCCUUUCUAAACCUUUUCUUCGCAGAUUUCGUUCUCUUUUAUUGAAAAUAUAGGCAGAAAGGCUUUGUGGUUUGUUGUGGAACCAGGAGAAGUAAGUGAAUCACACCAUCACAACUUUCUAUACAUUUAUUCGAAUAAAAAUGGCAGACUGAACUAUUUUUGCGUUUUUAAAAAUUAUGACUGGAAGAUGGAGAGAUGAAAUCGUUGUAGUUUCGUCUUCAGCCGGGAAAAUUUACCUGCUGCUCGUAAGAAUGAGAUUCAGGGACACUACAAUAGGACAAUACACAAGUGUUAACAAACCGUAUUGUGUUAUCCACCGAGAUAGAGAACUUUCCAGUGGAUAGCGGUAUUUACCCCUCGAGCCACCGGGGCUUUCUUUAGAGUAGAACUGAAAAUGUUUAUAUCAAUUGUCAAAAUGUUACAAAACCUUUUUUUCGGUAAUGGUCAGUCCAGAAUAUAAAUUUGAGAACCGUUUGCCUAUGGUCUCGUUUUUAGAGCAAACCAUUUUGGCCCAAUGACAAGUCCAGUUCAAUCGUGUUGAAGCCAACAAUGUCAAAGUUCAUUUCGAAGCCUUUCAGUUUCGACUCAUCGCACACGACAGUUCUUCGGAUUCCGGAUUGGCAGGCUCUCACUGUCGACGUUCAUGGAGAGGUCGAAGAAGCCGUGACAACUGUAGUGGUGUCACCUUACUCGCCUGGAAUUGCAACAAUCAGGAUUGAAAACCUGUGUGACGAUAUUCCGAUCCGGUUUCAUCAGAAGUAAGUUCAGUGGCAGCACAUACGUAAGAUGAUAUGAUUAUGUCCAUAUUUUUGAAAGCUAACCUGGUAUUGUAGACCAAUGCGAUUCUAGCGCGGAAAAAUGUUUAUAUAGAUCCUCUCUUUGCGAAUGAAAAUUUUGGGUGAGAUGGGGGAGCGCCUUCCUCUUCAUUUUGCUCUGAUUUUCAUAUCUUCCGAUGCAAACUGAGACAAUGGUUAACUGAAGUGCUGUGGGUGGGCGAUAAUGUGUUACUGAUACCUCUAUUUUUUAAGAAACAAAUGUCACUUUUCUUCAAUUCGAAAUUGCUCCUGAUUGAGUACCAAUAACUUUCAGAGACUGUGGGCAGGUGACGUUGCUUGACUCUAAGCAGAUGAUCCUGUACACUUGGGAUGAUCCAUUAGGUGUAAGAAAACUACUCUGGAAACCGUUCAAGGGCUUAGAUAAGCCAAUUGAGGCUCAAGUUGAUGAGGUAGGAUCUCAAGAAAAAGCAGUUUUCGUUGAAUUUUAUUUGUAUCUGUCUUCGACAAUUACUCGUAUUUGAUGCCAUUUUUGUUUGCAAUGAUUUUAAUAUAUCGCGUUGUUGUGAUCCAGUAUCAGUGUCUUUACUGGAGAUUUGCAGAUUUAUUCAGAAGAGCGGCACUUGCAUCUUUCUGUAAUACCUGCUAAAAUUCUUAAGGAAACAUUCAGAAAUUUUAGUGUAACUCAGCAGCCUUACGAAGGUAGCUCUCCGAUGAAUUUCCAAAAGGCUCUUUUCCAGGUUCUUCACUUCUAGCAAAGAAACGACCCAUUUGAAAUUGAAUUGUCCAGUAGAAGGGCAUUUAUCGGCAAGAGUUCUAUACAUUUCGCUGAACGGUGCAUAUUUUCCUUUUACACCCCCCCCCCACCCCUCCAUUCUGAGUAUUUGCCUAAUUAACUUAAAAUUGUAGGACAGCUUCGGCGAAAUUCGAAUGGAACUCGAUGAAAUCUCCCCACCAGUUAAAGAUGACCGAAAGCAGUUGGAAGACAGAGACAGCACGUGUGGAUUGUUUUGCGGCUCGUCAAAUGCUGUACCUGUAGGAAUGGAUGAGGCGGAGUGGGAUACUGUGGAUGGGCCGGUGGUACACAGGGUUAAGAAGACUAUCUACUGGGUGUCUGUCAUGGACGGACUGCAAAGGGUGCUGAUAUUUGCUGAUGAUGAAAAUCUUUCCUGUCUGGCUCGGAAGGUAUUAGAAACUGGAUUAGAAUCAAGCUCAUUUUCUUGUAAUCACGAAACAAAUACACUUGCUUUCACAAAAUGAAAGAGAUCGCUUUUGGAACUUUUGAAAGUUUCGAAUAAAAUAUGUUCUUUUAUGUCGUAAAUUUAUUGCAGUCCCUUUCAUGAUUUCAGUGUUGUGACUCUGAAGUUGUUACUAUGGAGAUUUUCAUGUCACUGGAUGGUGUCGGUUUGUCACUGGUCAACAGCAAACCUGAUGAAGUGGCAUACAUAACCUUGUCCAGGUAAUGUUUCUCCUCGGUGUUUUCAUCUUAAACUUUUCCCUUUCAUCAUUUGCAAUCUGUUUACAUCUUCACCAUCCUCAGCCCUCCUUGUUCAUCUUUUGUUUGUUUUAAACCUUUUCAUGUUCAUCUACACUACCAAAGUUUUAUUUCAACUGUUUAUGUUGCUUCAGGGUAAGAUUUACUCCAAUUAGUAUAAAUCUACAAAGGGUCUAUCAGAAAUGCUCCGUUAUUCGCAAUGUAUUGCGCAAUAAAUAGGGGGUGAACCGAAGUAAGUAGUCGAACAUUAUGCGGUUGUAAAAAAAAAUGAUGGAAAGAUGAACUUGUCUUUAAGUUUUUAACAACUAGUAGAUUUAUACUAAACUAGUGUGUUUACCCACGAUUCCUAUAGCGUGAUAGCUGAUUCGGGGUCGCUUUCCUCAACUAUAACGCGAAAGAAAUCGAGGAAAAAUUUUCUUAUGGAUAAAAAAUUGUAGCUUUUCCUCUUAUAGGGGUCAGUUUGAAAUACUCAUCUGGAACCCUAGGUCCUAAUUAGGUCUGAUUUUCUGAUGCAUCUACAUUUUGGGUAUACCUCAUUUUAACUGAGUAAGUAAUAGAUAUUAAGUGAUCUGUCUUUGUUUAAUUUGGAAUCGUUUCACAGUUCAUCCUCAGUCUGGCAAGUAAAGGGAUCUUCUGGAAAAUGGAAGACCCUCAAUCUAGAGUUGUCAACUUGGUUAGAGGAUGCCUGGAGGAAUAACGCAGGGGAAAUCGCCUUGGAAGACAGGGAGGUGACGACUGCGUUCCAAUAUCUUUCAAUUUAUAUAAAAGAGAACACUUUUGAAAAUAUUUAAUGUACUGUAGUCGUUGACAAUAAUUCUAAAAAGAGAGAUUUAGCUCUGAUUUCGCUAUUCCUUUUUUUAAUCCAUAAAAACAUUCCCAGAAAUAUUAUCCCUAUUUCCAAAGUGUAAAUAUUUUAAUCUUACUUUUGUUGUUCUUGGCCUGGCCCUCAGUUUUCAGAACGUCCCUCUGGAAAUUAGCUGUGGUUGACAUCCUCUCAUGGAAUUCAAAACAUUUUUCCUACGUUUUAUAUCUGGGUUUUUUGUUCGCUUAAACGAGUUAUUCUCUCUGUUGAUUCUCUACAGGUGAACUUAAACUCAAUGACUAUGACUCGCCCGUAUAGCGGGAGCCUUCAAAGGUUGUUUGAACCUGCUUUGUGGUUAAAUUACUCCCGAUCAGAUCACUACCACAGUUUGCACUGCAGAAUGCAUCGAAUUCAGGUGAGGAAGGAUGAUGGCUUUGCCAGCUGUUUCCCGUUUUUAGGUUUUUCUUCCGUCUGAUUAUAAGUAAAUUUUUUUGAAAUAAAAUAUUCGGCUGGAUAAUUUUGUUUUCCAAAAAUUUCAAAGAUUAAAGUGCAUUUAGAUGUAGAUUAGAACCUGUGCUUUUUUUCGUCUUUUUUUCUCGACCCUGCUUCAAUACUGAGGAGGGAUCAUUCUUUGCACCGGCGUAUAUGCUUUGAGACCCAGGUGCUCCAAUGUUUAUUUUAUGCAUAGGUAUAUUGCCACUAUUCUCUAACUUAUCUUCGUUGCAAAGCAUUACACGCUGUUUUGCUUAUUUCAGGUUGAUAAUCAGCAGUUCGGCACGGUUUUUCCAGUUGCUCUUUAUCCAUCACCGCUACCUUCUGCCAUCAUUCAGAGGACAGGUACGUACAGUUGCCUUACUUGCUAUUAUGUAAUACUAAGAGUUGUCUACCAAUUAAAAUAUAGUGCUGAUGAGUGCUUCUGUUCUUCGUUUGAGGACAUUUUACGGUAUGCACCAGCUAAGUCUGUCAAGCAAAGUGUUAAAAAAUUUCUCAAUACAAGGCUUGUUGAUAAAGGUGUCUCUCCUAGGUGAUAUUUUGAUCACUCCUGUUUUCGAAGGUUUCAGAAGGAUUUAGGCGUAGACAAUCUCUGCUUCUCUGUGCUUCGAAUUGGUUAUGCAUUCUGCACCGAAAAAUCUAAUUAACGUGAGAGGUUCAUGUUUUAUUUUCGUAAGACCAAAGAGCUUAGUUUUGAAAACAGCUUUCUAUAUAUCUCCUCUAGAAUAGGGCAUAUAUGGAGGUACGGGUGUGUUAGCCUGAUACUUUCUGUGUAUAGCGUAUCCCUUAACGAAAAUUUGCUCUUUCAGGACUGAAACCGUUCAUUGAAGUGUCAGUGAUUUAUCAUCAAGUCCCUAAAGAAGGAAUGCACCACAUAAAGUAAGUGCAUAGCAGAUUUAGCCGCACACCAAUGUUCAGUGUUUGGUAAGUUUGUACUCGAGUCAGUGGCACGUCCAGCCGAAACUUAUCCCGGUUUCCUUAUCAUGAAGCAACUAGGAGUAUCAAUACUCCCUCUGGAUGAGAUGCUAGUCCAUCGCAAGGUUGCCCCCCCCCAACAUUUCAUCAGCCUUCAGUGACAAUUCCUAGAACCUAUUUUAUACUCCUUGGCGGAAAGAGGCUCUGUGAAAGUGAAGUGUUUUCCUCAAACGAACUCAGACCUCCCGAGCAGGAGUCCAGCCCACUAACUCCAGUGUUGGAUCAACUUGGAUAAUUGCAAUCUUUAUUUGUAUCGACAGGUACGCUAAGGCUUUGGUACAGGCGAUGAAUGUGAGAAUUGAUAAAGGAUUCAUUAUUUCUAUGGCAAGUCUUUUGAGUCAACAGAGGGAACUUCUAGAAGAGGUAAGAGGCAUUGUCCGAGUUAAAAUAAUGGAUAGGAAAAAAAAACGGAAGGAGAGGAGGAAAUUUAAAAAAGACAUUUGCAGAGUGUCUGGUUCUUUCAGUAAUUUAGUUUUCUGCACUUGUGUAGAACUCAAAUCUGCCUCAGGUCCCAUUUAUUGUCUUCCGUCCUUCAUUUGUUGAUUGGUGUUUGCAUUUGUUUUCAUGACAGGAAAAUUAUUUCGAAGAAGACAUGAAACGAUGUGCCGUGCCUUUGAGGGAAACCAAAGCAGUAAAAGUUUGUAUCGGCUGACAAUUUUCCUGUGUUAAUAAUGUAAACAAUUUUGAAAGUCUAGUGGGUUGGUAGAACUCUUAGGGCCGGUUAUUUACACGAGGUUUAACCCCAACCGCGGUCUUACACAAGCAGUGGUCCUCAUGGAUUUUCCAUAAGAUGUCCUUCCACUAUGAGCUUUCGGCCCUCUUAAAUCUGUUCAAAAAACAAAAUGUUUAGAUUAAAGGUUCAGGUAAAUUGAAGAUGACUUAGAACGCGGUUCUGUUAAACAAUGGAAAAAAUUUGUUUAAAUAACAUCACGAAGAACCAUCGAGAAUUACUUUUAAACACAUGUAAAAUGAUUCCAGUACUUGAAAAUACUACUGACCGGAAAGGGAUUGGUUUAAGCUUGCGCCAGACUGGUUGGGGGGGGGAGGGGGGUAGGGAAUGCCGGGGUAAAUUUUUAACUCCAAUACAACAUAAUACUUCAGGUCAACUCAACCUGAGGUUACUUUCGACAACAUAUAAAUUAUCUCCACUACAUUAUGGCGACCAUAAGUUGAAAAUACAUUAGUUUGUACUAAUUAUUUUUCCAUGUAAGAAAAAAAUUUGUAACCUUUAUAUCAACAUUCUGACUGCAGGCCGCAUUGGAGACGCAAAAAGUUUUCCUAGAGUACUUUCAUUUGUCCCCUCUCAAGGUUUGUUGGUUUGACGUUUUGUUUGUCGGAAGUUUUUGCUUGUAUCCUUUUGUUAUAAUUACGAACUAGUAUUUACAGUUAGUUGAUCGGUUUUGCCCAGACCGGACAAUUGUGAUUAAUAUAGAACCAUGUUUUUAAAAGGACUCGUCUAGCCAACCAGACGUUGCUAAUUAUAAGCAUUCAAACCAAGUUAAGAAUGAUAGAGAUGACAAAAUGAAGUAAUCACCUUUUGUCAUAUUGUUUUCUCUUUUUGGAUUCGAUUAUCCACUUUCCUUGUGUUUGUUGAACUUCGCAAUGUGCUGCACAUCAGUGAAACACUCAGCUGUUCCUUGUAUGCGACCUUUGUUUUUUUUGUUCUUACCACAUUUUGACUUCAUCUGUGAACCGACUUAAACUUGGCUACAAACCGACUCAAACUUGGUUACGAACCGACUCAACCGUGGCUACGAUUCGACCGGAUGCCACUGUGAUCUAUCACUUCGGCAAAAAAGAAUCUAUGUAUUAAAUAAUAUUGUCAGUGAAGUGACGAAAAUUGUUCUCUAUUAGAUCAACCUCAGUUUUUCACUGGCGUCUUCGUUUGAUGAGAACGAUGAGGAUCAAGCUUUUGCUCAAGACUUGUUGGAUUUCUUUGUCGACUCCAUUGGGGCGACGCUCACAGAUAUUAAUGAUGCCACACUUAAGUAUGACAACCGUUUUAAUGCUUAACUAAAAUCAGACACUUGUGUCUAAAAUCGGAAGUGUAUUAAAUCGGACGCUAAUAAUUGGACACUACUGUCUAAAAUCAGACUUGUAAGCAAAAUCGGACACUACAGGCAUAGAAAUAGCAUACUAGUGUCCAAAAUACGACGCCAUUGUCUAAAAUCGGACACUAAUGUCCAAAAUCUUUCACUUCACGUCAAAAUUCUCAAAAACCAGCUUAUGAUAGCAAUGGUGUGUGGUGCUGUUUACUUUGUGAAUUUAAUUUAGCAUUAUCUGUCCUUAGUGAAGACGGGUCUUUGUUGGAAUUCUGUGUUUCCAGUUUUCGAGCCUUAAUUGUGGACAUUUAUUCAAACCAAGUAUUAUGCUUUUACAAAUAAAAAAGCAUUUUUGUGGAUGACCCUUAUAUUUGGAAUUGUGGGAGGUUGUCAUAUAUAAAAUUUUGCUUUGUUUAUUCUUUCGUUGCACAUAUUCAUUUGAUCAAUUUUUUCCCAGAAUGGCUUAUUUCGAGCGAGUCAGUGCAUUUUUGACUCAAGAGAAUCUUGUUGCUCAGAUCACGCGGCAUUACACAAUGCAGGUAAAUAUUUAGCGCAACGUAUUUCUUAGUGUGUAUCGUUGUAUCUACAUUUUUGUUUGCUCAUUCGAAAAGGUUUUAAUUUUAUCAGUCCUUUUUUUCAAGAAGGGGUCUCAAGAAAGGGGGAAUCCCAAAAGGUGUUUGAACGUAUUCGUAGAUUUAAGACGGUGGAGAAACGAAGAAGAGGAGGGCAGUUGACGCUUUAAGAGGCUAUAUAGUAGUUCUGAUAUCAAUCUUGUCACUCACGUUUUCGAGCAUGUAAUUCGGAAAGAAAAAAUAUGUUUAUCUAUGAGUGCAAUAUUUUGUGCCCCAUUCGACACUUAGUGGUAAGCUUUAGGGGGAAUUUUUUUUCAAAUCGCGGAAAUCCCGUCAAGCCGCGCUCUAGAAUAAACCCUGUUCUAUUCAUCUUGCAGGGUGUGCGUCAAGUUUAUGUUCUUGUACUGGGCCUUGAUGUGCUUGGCAACCCGUACGCACUGAUUACAGGGAUUGGCAAAGGAGUUAAGGACUUGUUUUAUGAGCCCUAUCAGGUUAGUUGGGAUUUUUUGUUCGUCAAAGAAAGGACAAAAAUAGUGGACGAAAUUCUGACAUGGUAUUUUUUCUAUUUUGUUAGGGUAUCAUUGCAGGGCCAGGAGAGUUUGCUGAAGGUGUAGCUCGUGGUGUUAGGAGCUUGCUGGGUCAUGUGAUAGGUAACUUAAGCGAAGAUACAAUCAAUAACGUAACAUACCCAGUUUCUUUAAAUUUUAUGUUAGAGUGGCAUUCUUAAAUUUUUCGUUGAGUGACGUACUUUCCUAGUUGACUCGAAGGAUUGCAUAAGUUUUUUUUUUAAUUACAUAUUAGGCAAAAUGUGGUUAUAUGCAGAACAGAACUCGUCAGACAUGCCGUCUUCAGUUUCUACACGGACCUUUUUACUUUGUGGCGGUAUUUAACCCUAGGGCACACUCGGUAUCUUUUUUUGUUUUUGUUUUUGUUUUGUUUUGUUUUUGGUGCAAACUCUCUUGCGUUCAGAUUAAUACAAGGUAACUGCAGGCCAGGCCUCUUGGAACAAUGAAAGCAAAGAUAAAAAUGAAUGUUGCUUUAUGUUGUUAUCAACACGUCGAUAUAAAUAUUUUUUUACGCAGGUGGAACCGCAGGGGCGUUUUCGCGCAUAACGGGGUCAUUGGGUCAGGCUGUGGCCACGCUCACGUUCGACUCAAAUUUCCAGAUGGUGAGUAGCUCAGCCCACGUUUUACAUCUGCUUCGAGCAGAGAGGGAAGCAAGCAGACAAUUCUAUUGGCGUUGAGUUAUGUACAUAAGUGAGCUUUUCGCUAUUGGUUAUCGCGCAUCGUAGAACGAAUUGCGAAGCUGUCAUUCAAGAACGUGUUUUUUUCUUCUAGCGACGACGUCUGCGCAUGCACAGUCAACCUCAAGGUGUUCGUCAAGGACUGUUGAUGGGAGGAAAAAGUCUGUUGAUGGUGAGUUGAAUUUGCGGAUUUUUUAACCAUUUAACUCCCAUGAGUGACCAAGAAAGAAUUUCUUCCUACAAUAUCCAUACAAUCUCAAGCAGGCAAGUGAUGAGAAUAAGGAGAAAUUUCAAUUAGGGGACUACAAGUUAAUCUAGUACCAAAUUCUCCAAACUAACAGCACAAGAACUGUAUGGCAGACAGUAAGGAGAAUUACUAAUGAGAUCUUGGGAGUUAAAGGAGAGAAUCGAAAAAUCAAAUUAUGGUCGUUAUUACUAGGGUUUUUUCGUUACUGCUAAGCUGCCAGGGAAUUCUGACGAAACUGAUGCUGGGGGAGAAUAGUGAGGACCUUCUCUUUAUCAUCUUAUAGUAGAACAACAGGAAUAAGAUCUGACAGACAUGCAAGUCAACCUCAAAUGCAGACUUAAAGACAAACAAAAGGACAUUAAAAUCCAGAAGGUGGUCACAAUGACUUGUCAGACGGACUGACUCUUUCAAUUUGAUUCCUCCUCAGGGUCUUUUCUUUGGACUGUCCGGUGUAGUUGUAAAACCCGUAAAGGGUAAGAUUCUCCUCCAUUUUUUCCAUGUUUAAGUGAAUUGUUAAAUGCGGGGUACUGUGACUGUUUCGCUGGUUACAAUGAGGCUUCCUCGCAGAAAUAAAUUAUUCGUUGAGUAAUGUAUUCAUUGAAUACGUCCUAGUAUUUAACGUCCGGGAUGUCAGAUGAAAAAAAUUUAUUUCGAGUUCGUUGACGCCCCCUUGUUUGACUUAUCAUUAGACUGCAAUUAGCAUAAAAACACUCUUCUCUCUACAACAAUUUAAAAAAUAUGUACAGUGACUUCAGAACCACCUUCAAUUUUAAUAAUUGAUUGAUGUUUUUUUUUUAUGAAGAUUUGGUGUUGAUUAUCUCUAUGUGAAAUGUUUGGAUUUGGUUAUUCAAACGCCCACGAAGCACAAACUUUUCCUUCCCAAAGAAAAAUAGAGCUAUUUUUCCUUUUGAUGAAUUUAUUUUGUUUAGGUGCCCGUUCCGAGGGUGUGGAAGGAUUUUUCAAGGGAAUUGGGAAAGGCCUCCUUGGAUUGCUUACACAUCCAACAGGAGGAGUUAUUGACAUGGUCAGCUUUACUCUUGAUGGAGUGAGAAGGUUACCUCUUUUCUGCUGUAAAUUCUCGUGUUGCUCAUUCACAAUUUUUACAGGUUUAACCUAAACGCAUACACAAUACCUGAGUUGAGUGUUGUGAAGUUAUAGUACCUAACGGUACCAAUUGAAAACAACUUUACUAGAAACCACAAGCUGCUGAGGCUGCACGGAAUGGUUAAUUGUCCAGACUUUCUGUUACUCAAACUUACAAAUUUUACGUGUCCAUGAUAACGUUAUACUUCAAUACGUCAAACGAGCAUCGUCAAGGUUUCUAGACAAUAACAUACGAGUUCGCUUUAGGUCAUAAAUUGCAAACGCUACUCAAGAAUCACAAUCAUUGGAUUUCAUCUUCUGAUAUACUGCAGAUCAGCGGAACAGAACGGCGAAGAUAUCGCCUGCAGGAUGAGAAUUCCCCGUUUCACAGCCGCCAAUAUGGUAAAUACAGCAACAGAAUGUGAACUAUAAAGUAAUUUUGUCAGAUAGAAAUAUUCUUCUUUCUGCACAAAGUUAGAUUUAAUUAGGUUGCUUUUAUUGAAACAACAAAAAAAAAACACCCCACACACACACUAUACAAGACAAAUUGAUUCUUUAAGAAAACAUCCAUGAAAGAAUGAGUGAAAAAAGUUCAACUCUCUGUUGAUUUCACGUAAAAAGGCUUUUAAUUGACCAAAACCUUGAAAGAAAAGGAGGGCAAAAUCACAAUAAAAACUGACCUAACCUUGCAAUCAGUGUAUUUUCAAUUGAAUCGAUCACGUUAUCCCACUUUCAAACCCACUGAAGAUAAAUUUUCACCUCGAACUUUUUUUAACCUGUACUUUUAUUAUUCGUUUCCACAAGCCUUUAAAGCCUUUCUCAGAGCACGAUGCCAAAGGAAAUGGAAUCUUGCAGGUAACGAUGAUUACAUCCAAACUGGGAUUAACCUUUUAACAGUGUUUUAACUAGCACUUUACAUCAGUUCGCCCUAGUCGUGUCGUCUACAACUGAAUACCUUUUAAGACCCCUGUGUUUAUGCCAUGACAAUUUCUAUUUUUCAAGCUUGGUGAAUAUUAUCGAAUAAUUAUCAAACGACCUUGGUGAAAAGUCGCUUUGAAGUGUACGCAGUUUCGACAGCAACAGAACACAAAAGAUGCUUGUCGUAGAGCCCUGCGAGCUAGACUUAACGCCGAGUUCCCAAAAGUUUGGUGUUUUAACCAUGGUGAAUUUGAUAGUCAUUUGUUUCUCCCCUCCAGGGUUUAAAACAAUUUGACGGCGAUGUUUAUAUAGACCAUAUGAGCAUUACAGAUGAGGACGAUAGUGUUGUGGUCCUCUUGACAGACAGGUGAGUUGUUUACUCAGACCUGAUCCCCUGUGUGCAUGCGUGCUCAUAACUUUGAUGCCAUACAGAGAUGGUUGUUCCAAGUACCUCAUCCGCUGCCGUGAAAUUCGAAAUACUUGUUUUAACCUGGUGAAAUAUUAAAAGUAAACUCACUCAAAAGCGAGAGGUUGCAGAACUGUUGUUAUUAAGCUGUAAAUAAAUCAAAUGUUUGCUCUUGUUAUUUUUAGGAGGAUAAUGAAUUUGCAUCAAAGUAUGUUUUGGCAUAGUUGGAAAGUGAGAUGGAGUUGUUUAUACGAGGACGUUGUUGGUUUCCCUUUGCUUACUGAAAACGCAUUAGUUAUCAAAGAAAAGUCUUCUAAGGUACAGUUUCUUAGAAGUUAAAACUGUUUUUGCUUCUUUCUCUCACGGAUCGGCUCAGCUUGAAGAAUUCAUUGAAGAUUACUUUCACCUUAUUGAUUUCGAUAUAUCAUUUUGAGAAUUUUGAGUUAUGAGGUUUUCAUGAAAAGAACUAUUGUCUUGAAGAUUCUCAAUGAGCAGGGCGCUGCGGGGUACCGCAGAGGUCCUGGGUUCAAAUCCCCUACAGGCCUAAACUUUCCUUUUUCAAGCGUUAUUUUCACUACUGCUCAAGUAGUGUUCAUAAAUGCGAGGCUCGCUUUUAUAUUCACGUCUUUAUCCGCAGUUCAAAUAUAUGACUUUCAUAUACUGACAUUCGUUUAGUCAGCAUUUCCUCGCAAUUUUAAUACAUUGUUAAGCUAGUAGCUAGAGGAACAAACAAGCUUGUCGGCGACAGGUUUUAUUCUUACUAUUACACAUUUCGUAUCUAGUUUACAAGGGAAAGUAUAGCACCCUGAAGGGAAAAUUAAAGAAAUAACGAUCUUUCAGCCCGAAUAACUUUAUUUCAGUGGACUCUUCCUUUAUUUGAGAGGAACUGAUUAAAUUACGCCUUUCUGUUUGUAUUUUUUGUUUUGUUUCUGCAGAUAUAUUAACUUAUUUUUAGUGUCUGUCUGGCUCAGGCUCUCGCUUUGCUUUCUUUUUGCGUUGUUACAUUUUGUUUUUAAUUUUGUUUUGAUGUCUUGUUCAUUUUAGUUAAUUGAUAUUACUGUGGUUGUUAAAAAGUCAUUAUUAUGACAGUAAUUUUUUGUCUCAACUUUACCUGCAGGAUCAUUCAACUAGUCUUCCCUCACUUCCUACUCACGACAUUGUGUCUUCAAACAGGGUGGAACUAGAGGUCAGUCGAGCUCUAAAUAACUUUCAUAUACAGAUAUUGAGGGCAGAUAACUAUUGUUAUAGUAUAUAUCUAUUCAUCAUUCAAAAUUUAACAGCAAUAAAGGUUUCUGUUUUUAUUGGAGGAUCUCAAUGGGUUGAUGGCUUCUACGGCUAACGGUUGAAAUUGUGGCCAUUUUACAGCUAACGGUUAACCAAGAAUGACACAAAAUGACGCAAUUUAGAAAGAAACAAAAUUAGAAGGUUACCUUUUUACGACUAGCGGUUAAAACUUGUCAAUUUUUACACCUGACGGCUUUUUUUUUUGGCAGUUUUACGGCUGACAUUUAACCCCUUUGAGACCCUCUUAAUGAAUGAUACGUCAUACGAGAAGGUCACGUUUGUGAGGACAGUUAGGCUCGUUACUUUGUCUUUUAUUUUUGCCUGUUUUGUUAUCAUUAUUAUCAUCGUCAACGUCAUCAUCAUCCUUACCAGUGUUACUAUGUUUAUUAUUAUUAUUAUUAUCAUUAUUAUUAUCGUUAUUAUUAUUACCUUUGGAGACAUGCGCUGUUUAACCGAAAUUGUCCUUCCACUCAUACAGACUCUUAAAACCAAGAUUGACAGCAACAUUCGUCACUUUCGAUGAAAAUUUGAAUCGUAACCAUUUCAAGUCAAGAGUGGUAGCUAGACUUGCAGAUGACACUGUUUGCGUGAGCAACAACCGUGUUCAAGAAAAUUCCAUACUCUGACCCAACCAACAUGAGAACUGUAUUCGAUGAAAAAGUUUUAUCUAGAAUGAGUCGGUUAGUCAUCUGAUGCAGAAGUAAUCUAGUUAUGUCAUUGUUGUAUUUACAGCGUCAUAUGAAAACGUGAAAACGAUGUGUAGUUUCUUUCUCAAAUUUUGCCAUAGUCUUGAUUAAUUGGUAACAGUACUUCGUGUCGUCCGAUUCGGUCUGUAAUCAUACUCGUGAUUAACAAUUAAUCACUUGUAUGAUUACAGACCGAAUUAGACUCCACGGUCCUAUUACCACGAAAGGUAAUCAUUACAUGGGUUGUAUUCGUGCAGUUUCAAUGCUGACUAAUUUAUGACACGACGACCAUUUAGACUUAAGAUAGGAACAAAUGAAUGAUGAAUUAUGAAAAUGAAUUACAUGAGAUGAUUGAGUUCAGUAGGUCGGUACAGACAAGAAGACAAGCCACAUGUGUAAGCCGCAGCGUCAGUUCGCUUCGUGUGAAAUGAAUGUUUGUGAAAAGUUUUGCGACAAAAUUUGUCCGGGAAAUUCGCGUGCGUUUCCUCGAUUUUUUUGGGAAGUAACUCACACGGAGGGGUUUGUGGCAAAACCUUGACUUAGUGAUAUUUUGCUCUGUGUGUACCGACCAUAAUAUUCAUGUCUUAGACACAGUAGUCAUAUAAAUGAUAAGUAUUCAAUUAUUUAUGAUUGAGAAUUGAAGAAAUGAAAAAGGAAAUUACCAAACUUAUUUACUUGAAGUUAUAACUGAGAGAAGGUUAUUUUUUUGGAACAUGAAAGAUUUUGAAGUUAUCGUCUAUAUAUGAUUUAACAUUGUCUCUUGAAAAGAGUCUGAUUUUCUAGUAUUCUACUAUUUUGUUGGUUAUUGUUUUGUUGUUUUUUUUGCAUAAAUUGAUAACAAUACUAUAUUUCUCGUAUGAGCAUAAGAAUUACGAUGUUUUGUUUUGUAAUUUAAUUUUGAAGUAUUAUACCUGCUCUCAAAUGUCGGCAUAAGAUUUAAUGCUUUUUUUUCAUUUAAGAAACCUGGCGAGGUCGCUCAGUGUUAGCCAGAAGUGGCUAGUCGGACUCGUAAAAUUUGUCAGAGAGCGAAAUUUGCUACUGCUUAUAACUGUCCGGUUUAUAGGUUCCUACGAUCGGAAUCUCAUUUUUAUCAAAUAACAAAUUCAUCUUGUUUUUCCCCUAAAGAUGUAUGAUUAUUUGAGUUAGUUUUAUUUUCGAUGCUAUUUAAGCAGUUAAACUGUAUUUUUAAAUACAUUAAAUACUGAUUCUUAUUUGGUGUUUCGGUGCAGAUACUCGCAUCCUUUGUAACUGUGAAAGAAAAUGGCGGUUAUUGGAAAAAACCGCGAAAUAAAGCGGCAGCCAUGCCCUAAAUUUGUCCAUCCAAAAGCAGUUAGCUGUUCAUUGUUUUAAAAAUCGAGUGUUGAAUGAACGCAGAACCCGUCCACUUGAAUAAGUGGGAUUGCAAUCACUUGCUUCAAAUGUUGAAAUACAGGUGAAUUAUUAGUGUUAUUGGUGCUUAAUAUAUCGAACUGUUUUCCCGUGUAAACUGCACUUGUAACUGUUUGUGUCACAAAAAAGAGUAAUUAUGUUCGGCCGAGCAGUUCCCUUCCUAAACCUACUCGAAUGCAAAAUUUACCAUCAUCAUUUUGAUUGUUUAAAAACGAAAAUAAAAAGAAAACGCGUUCCUCGGCUGCGAUAUUUGCAUCGAAAGUCGAUAAUUUGAAAGUAACUUGAGAGCUGGCUUGAGUUUUUUUCUCUUGCUUGGCUUUUACAGAAUUGCCGGAAGUUCUUCAAAUUUGGAUAAGUUCCUGAGGACAUGCUUCGGUCUUCCUUCAUAUCCUGGGUAACAGGAGAUAAUUAUUUGAAUAAAGCCAAGGUGCAGCGUGGAGACAUCGAGGAGAGAAAGCCCAGCUGUGAAACUAGAAACGCUGAAUGAUUAGGGGCAUAGAUGGAGGACGAGAAAAAUUAAAUUAGAAAAUUCAAUACCUGACUACGGGCACUCACAAAAAAAUAAUUGAAAAGGAAAGAGGAAAGGCCAAGAGUUACUUGUCGUCUCACUUGUUUCACAGUCUUCCAGCAACAAUCAUUUUAUUUUUAAGAUGUUAGUCGGUGCGAAUAAAUUUGAUGAACAUCAUUUGGCGAAGCUUCCGGGAAAAUAACGCGAAGUGCUAAUAAUACUUUGACUUUUAAUUAUUGCGUGGUUUCCCUUAGCCAUGGAGAAGAAUUUUUCCUAAAUUUCAGUUUGCGAUGUUCAGCUCCUCUAACUUUUUACCACUGCUAGUACUGUGAGAAAGCGCAAUUAAGUUUAGAGGUCUGUGCUUUCUUCCACGACAAGGAAAAGGAGCGAAUCAGUUCGGUAUGAACCCUGUGAAUUAAUUUUGUAAGACUGCGAAGAUUGUGAUCCCGUAGAAGACGACAGCUGACAAAAUAAUUGGCACCUUUCGGUCUAGAUUUCAACUUGCUUCAAUGUCAAAAUCUUUGGGUGGUUUACCUAAAUGUUUAAAAUCAAUAUUUAAUAAAGUGAAAACAAAUGAUGAAUUUUUUAUUGCAUAAAAAAAAUAAAACCAUAGAUUUGGCCACAGAAUACGUUCCUUGAUAAUUUGAUGGUAGAUUAGUGUACUUAUUGGCUGCCAAAGUUUAAUCAGUGUUUUGUGUCAUUCUUUCACCAGUCUUCAUGUCCCCAUCUUUUCUUCCGCACCUGACAUUGCUAAUCAAAACUUAAUGUAAAUUUCGGCAUUUCGUGCAAUCCAUAGAGCUGAUGUGACUCCAAAAAAAAAAAACUAAAUCGGAGUAUCUAAAGAUCGUUCAGGUUAUAAUAACCCCUACAACUGGAUAAUAUUCUUGAAAUCUAUAAAAUUACGAUCGAAGAAUGAUAUUAAGAAGAAUUUUGAAUUGAAUUUCAAACCGGAAAUGUUAUUGAAAAUGUUAUAGAAAUUGAAAUCUUCACAGGAUGAAGGUGUAAUAUGAGGGAAGACGUCAAACACAUUUGGAAUUUAACAAGGAAAACAUAUAUCGGAAAUGCAAACAAAGGCGCCUUCCUUUUUAGAAUGUUACUUGUAAAUAAUUAAAACUAAUAUUAAAACGAUGGAUGUUGUCAAGCGAUAGGUACCUACUCAUUUGCAUGUACUUUUCGUUAUAAAGACGCCCAUUUCAUGCUUGCUUCACUUAAUUGUCAAAGAAUUUGUCUCAUUAGCUGAGUUUGGGAGACGUUUGAAAGAGUGAUGAUCUACCCGCACACAUGAACCGCGAGAUUAAAAGAUGUCAGCAGAUUAGGUAGAGGAACACUGGCAGCUGUUAAUCGUAAGUAAAGUCAGUAGACUGAAUUUUAAAAUUUUACUUUCCUUACAGUCAUGUUUAUCUGUCGACAACUUUUUAAAAUUUUUGUUUUCUCCCUUCGCAAGCUGCCCACCGAUUAUUUCCAAACUGCUAACGCACCAAAGGUUAGCCUUCAGCAACAUUUACAACAAUCUCAGUUACUAAGAAAACGUUUUCGGUCUUACGGUUCUAUACUUAAACAUAUUGAAUUCUAAAUGUAAUACAUAACGACUUGCAGCCAUUUUUUCUUUUUAAAGAAAGCAAGAACAACCGCGAACGCAAUUCGCGGUCAAAAACCAGAUUAAUUUUCGGCGGACAUCUUAUUAAAACGUUCUUGUCAAGCGAGUAUCAAGGCCUCCACUUAGCUUACAAGUGAAACUUUACAUUGCAUAAUUCUCUGAAGAUCAGAAGUUCUUAAUUAGCUUUAUUUGAUCUUAGCUAAAAAAUUGAUGCCUUCAGGUAAUAACCUCCGUAAGGACGGUUUCAUUUAAACUUAGAAGGACGGUUUUUCUGUGAGCCGCACACUGUUAAGUCAAAAUACGGUUUUCCCGUCAGCUGUAAUAACCUAGUGCCCGUCAAAAAAACUAACAGUGUGGCUACAGCGGCUGUAAAAUAAGGUACAAAGAAUAGAUGUGAGAGGCGCCGGUGUAAUAUUUGACCCUAAAGCGAUUUAACACAACAUCAUUCGCACAAUAAAUAUUGGAAUUAGUCUUUGUUUUCCCUGAGGCAAGAGUAACCCGCGCUUAAUUGAAUAAAUUAAACAGACAUCUCCUUUCUCUGACGUUUGAUUUUCUUGCUUUUUGCGUCAAGCAUGUGUAUUGCUGCAAUGUUCUAUUUAUGGCUGCAAUGCUUCAUGAAUAUGGCUCGAACAGUCCAAAUAACAGGAACACGAUCGCAUUUCGCGCCAAGGAUUUUGACCAUAUUAGAAGAGAAACUAAUUUGUAAUCAUGUUGUUAGUUAUUCUAGUUUUUCAGUUGAAAUUUUAGGUCAUGACUGCCGGCAAAAACAAGGAAGUGACUAAGCUUAUAAAUGCAGAUGAAAUAAACACAACAGUUUUCUUUGAGAGCGUAGAAGGACAUACCAAUUAUAAUUGAAAUAUUUGGGAGAAUGAAAGGGAACAACAAAAUCCACCAACAUUUCUAUCUCAUUUAGUGGCCAUAAAUCAUGAAUCCCAGUGACCGAAAGGCAUGGUUUUUAAAAGACUCUGCCUGUCAGCCAGUCUGUUUUUUCCUUCUGGUAUUUUGAAUCCUUUAGUCUUUAGAAGAAAACGAAGCGGUAGGAACCCCAGAAUUUUCGUUGUCUUUUUUUUUUGUGCAAAGUCAGCGUGACCUCUGCAAUACUGAAUAUCCAGGUUAUUCUUGCGGCUUUUUUAAAUGCGUCCUCAUUCUUAUUGUUGAUAUUUCUCCCAAUUAUUUUAGGAUAAAGCUUCUGUGUUGACGGCGAAGGCGUUAUUCAUAAAUGCACAUGUUACAUCAUCGUGAAGGAAAAGCCUCAAAGCGGAAAAUGUCAUGGAUCAUGUAUCAAAGAAGGCCGGUUGAAUUUGACACACUUUCAUUUAAGAGCUUUUCGGAAUUGUACAUCUUAUCAUUUGCAAAGUAUAAACCAUUUACAUACUAUUGAGUCCUCACCAAGAAAAAAAAUUUAAAAUGAGGUUGGUCAAACAGAAAAAAUUGACUGGCGAGACAGUGAAUUGAAAAUUUCAAACUAAUUUGUUAAGAUUUUAAGCAGAUCGUUCUCCAAAAUUGAAAAAGAGAGGGAACUAUAUAUUUCAUGGCGUCAUCUUCGUCGGGGAAAAGACGAUGUUUAAUACCAGAUAGUACAUAAAAACCAUGAGCCGCACAAUUGUUGAUAUAUUUUUCAUAAAAAUUUUAAGGCAAUUAUUCAUAAACUGAUCGUUAUUUUGGUGCUGGAAAACAUUUUCCGUUUUGUUUAGUAUGCAGUACUUUCCAUUUUCAUCUGCCCUCUUGAAGAGGGAUCCAUUACGAAAGCUUUUUACAAAGAGUGAUAAUUGAAGUGGACUGGGCUGAAAAGGAAAAAAAACGAAGUUUUAAGUCGUUUUAGAUUAUGACACUGAUAUUUCUUAGUUUUUCAUUUGCUGAAUCAACGAUGGAUUUUGGUAAAUUUUCGCUGUUAAAAGUUGUUUCUUUAAUCCUUGUGUAUGAUUGCUAAUAGGUCAUAUUCCUGCUUCACAUUUGUCACGCAAUUGUGUUCCAUUUUGUGUCCAUUUAGUUCCAGUUUUCUCAUAGUAAUUGGAAAUUAAAAGGGAACUUGGCAAAGUCCUCGAAAUUUUACAGAAGACGAGGUUCGGAUCUGCCAUCAUUCAUGUAGUCAUUAUGAAGUUUGCAUAUGGAUUGACACGUCUCGAAAAAGAAAUACGUAAUUGGAGAGCUUUUUUUCCGCUGCUUUACUUUUGACAAAAAAAGUGGUCAAAUUUUGUAUUCUCCUUGGUGAAAGCAGUUUUUUUUAGUCAUAUUUGUAGCCGGCUUGCAAUAUCUUCACUCAGGGAAGUUUCCUGAAAUUUCAUGCUGUUCAAAACUGACAAAAACGUGACAGAUAAUUUUCACUAUAUAAAUAAAGCAUCGAUUUGUCGUUCACCCUUUUCAAAAUUAUCAUAUUCUAUCAAACUUUGAUUCUGUGCAGGUUAUCCUUGUAACAGUUUGGGAAAGAUCCGUUACUGAGUCCUCACAGAAGCUUUACAACGUGGCGUCAAAUGAGUAAGGUAAAGUUUUGACGAAUGUUACGAGGAACCGUGUAACAAACAUCCAGAGAUGGUAUCAAAAUUUAACAUACCUUAUGUUUUCAAUUUUUUUUUGUCGUGCCACUACUGCCGCCCGUAAUUUCAAUUUACUGAAGAAAGACACUUAGUGAACAGAGCAUAUAUUUCUCCAACGGGCAAAAUAGCUCGCAAUAGAUGUACGACCAGUAAAUGAACCAAAAACAUUACUUUAGGAGGUUUGUCGUUUAGGAAUCGUAAAGCGAGGGCAAUUGUGAUAAAGUAGCAAAACCAAAAAAGCUCAUGAGGAUCAAAUUGCCGGAAGAACGAUAGAUGUUUGUUAAAAAAAAAAAAAAAAACCCUUCACAGACGACCGCGGUGAAAUAGCAUAUAUUCCGAAAUGAUAUUUUUGCUACAGUAUGCUUUGCCGCACAGUACUUUUUGGUAAAUCACAAUUAUUCAUGAUGUGUCUCCAAAACAACUUCCUUUGCAAUUUAAUAUUCAAGGAAAGUAUGUUUUUAUUUCUGUAAUUCUGGACUAAAGCGUAUUCCUUGUGUGACCUCACUAAAUAAACGAAAUGACCUUGGUCUCCAGAUGGUUGACAGAAAUGACCAUCACCUAGCACAAAAACACAUUUCACACCAUAAUCAACCAUCCUACUUUAAAUUUAAAAUGAAAGCUGUAAUAUAGAAUACGUUUUACCAUAAUCACGUGGUGUUCGAUUCACGUAAACCUGAUUAACAAAUCAAUAAAAUUGUACAGUCCAAACACCUCUUGUUCGGAAGAGUCCAGAUUUGAAUUAACAAAUCCAUAAACAGAUUUUACUCUCCGACAAGGCAAUGUUUCCGUGAAAUAUCAUGCACAAGUCUAAAACCUGAUUGCAUUUCCUGGUGAACUUUUGCGAAACCCUGGCUGCUGCACGAUGUAUAUAAUAUUUGGUCCUCGUUGCCAAGUAUAGAAAAUUAUGAUAAUCGAUCUAAAGCAAAGUAUGGUGUGCGCCAUCCAGGAGUAGCAGAAAUUUAAUACAUUUUUCAAAAUCCUUCGACCUUACAGCUUACGUUUUUAUGCUCCCUUUGGACAUAAACCUGCUUUUAUUAGCAUGAGCACGUUUUUUAUUGUGCACGUGAUUGAAACUACAUCAAAUAAAUAUAAAGGCUGCUUAUUAGAAUGAUAACGCACAAUGAUAAAAAUACACAGAGAAAUCGUAGAAGUUGUUAAAAAUGCACUAAAAUAGGGAUAUCUUUCUUCGAUUCUAUGGAAACGUGGCUCUCAUCCAAUCAAUACGAUCCCAACCCAUCUGUUUCCUGAAUGGACAAUGCGCCAAAUUAACAAUUUUAGUAAUAUAUAUUGAUGUAACAAAAAAUCAUUUGAAUUAAUAUUAAAUGUUGACAUCGAUAUUUGAAAUGAAUUUUCGGUUGGUGGAAGGAAAGCGUGCUUGCCUUUGCAUCUUUGAUAGAGUGAAUACAGAUUAUUAUAUAACGGAGAAGAAAUUACCCUCAAGCAGAAGACAUGAAGGAGACUUAAUUGAAUGGCACUGGAGGGAGGUCCGUUGCAGGCGAUGUUCGUAUCAAUUUAAAGUGUAAUUUGAACGCUCUGGAUCUACUAUUAAUUGUUACACACGCCGUUUGUCAUAAACAGUGAAUGCUGUGAAUGUGUCCGGGGAAAAUGCAAAUAGAUCGAAAAAUUACUAAGUUGUCGAAAACAUCACCAAAGCAUAUGGGCCCUCCUCAAAGACGUUUCAUUUUGUGCAGAAGGCAUCACAAAGGCUGAGUUUGUAAAAUUGUAAAUGUGUUUUAAAUACACGGUGUGUCAUGAUAAAGAUGCAUUUGAGGUAUGAUAUAUAUAUAUAUAUAUAUAUAUAUAUAGGAAGUCUGUGUAUUGAUUUUUCUGUUUUAUAGUGCUCGAUACGUAGGAGUAGAGCGCGAUAUAUACUGCGAUAGAGAAGAAAAACAGAGAGACUAUAUCUUCAUCCCUACAAGCCUGUUUCGUGAUUACUCACUCAUCACGUCUCCUCAAAGACGUUUCAUUUUGUGUAGAAGGCAUCACGAAGGCUGAGUUUGUAAAAUUGUAAAAGUGUUUUAAAUACACGGUGUGUCAGGAUAAUGAUGCGUUUGAGGUAUGAUAUAUAUAUAUAUAUAUAUAUAUAUAUAUGUAUAUAAAUAGGAAGUCUGUGUAUUGAGUUUUUCGUUUUACAGUGCUCGAUACGUAGGAGUAGAGCGUGAUAUAUAUUGCGAUAGAGGAGAAAAACAGAGAGACUAUACUUUCAUCUUUACAAGCCUGUUUCGUGAUUACUCACUCAUCAGGACGAUGAGUGAGUAAUCACGAAACAGGCUUGUAGGGAUGAAGGUAUAGUCUCUCUGUUUUUUCCCCUAUCGCAAUAUAUAUAUAUACAUACUUUUUUUUUACUCCAUUGCUAACACCACUUGAAAUAAAAUGCAUGACCUUUUUUAGCAAUCAAUUUCUGUAAAGCUAAAAUCUUCAGUGAGAUGAUUUUUCAUCUAUUCUUGAUUUUUGAUGUGACUUAGUUCCGAAUAGGCUUAACACUUUUUAAAAAUUGUUUUUCUUUUAGGUGUAUCAUCAUGAUUUUAUGGGUGCUUUUUCGUAUCUUCCUCUUGUUCUUAACUCCUGCACAAACAAAAUCUGUCAAGUCACCAUUGUAUGUUGGGUCUAUGGCUCCUUUGACUGGCAGGCGCGCUUGGUGGGGCGCUGGAAUCACAGCUUCAAUGCAAAUGGCUUUUGAGUACAUUAACAACGACUCCAGUAUUUUACCUGGGUAUGAGUUGAAAUUGAUGGCGAAUGACACGAUGGUAAGGUUUAUAAUUAUUUAUCAGAAAACGUUACCCUAACACUCCAUCAUUUACACGUUAGAAACUUCAGGUUAACACUUUCACAAUAUAGUUUUUAUGAUUCACACCUUGUAUUCCACCUUACAAUUAACAAAUUUUCAGAAAACUUAUACAAAAGCAUGAUUUUAAGCGCUGUUAUACGAGCGCAACAAAACCGAGGUUGAAUAUCACGUUCUCGCGGCGUUAUCCGCUAAUACGAAAAUGCUUUCGGACAUCGUGUUCACAUACUCUUGAUAUCGAGGAAAAUGGGCAGGAAAACAGGAAGUUCAUUGGCGUGUUAAUCAAAGUUGAAUAUCGCAUUUUAGCCGACUCGUGACAACACAUAGAAAACACCGAGUUACAACACACCAGAAAAUCGGUGGAACACAUUUAGGAAAACUCGAAAAUCAUUUUUUUACCACAUUAGCCGCUUCAGGAAAACACUUAACUAACACUGCGACAACCCAAGCUGGAUAAUCAAUGUAAAACUGUUAGGAAAACAGAGUAUACAAAUGAGUUUUCCAAGCCCCGAAAUACAUGCAGCGGACGCCAUUUUUUUCUCGUGUUUUUUCAUAGUGAAUGUGAAUAUGCCGUGCGUUCUCCGUAAAAGGAAAACGUAACUUGAACUAGACAUUUCGCGGCAUUCACCGUUUGGUAAAACUGUGGGCCAGCGAGGGAUUGUUUUGCCGUGGUUUGUAUUCAAAGAUUCCAGCAAGAGAAUGUGACAAUCAAACUUAUGUCAUAGAAAAUCGUUCCUUGGGUGUUCUGUGUUUCCAGUGAACAAUUUACGAGAAGUAAAUUUUCAAUUUAAAUUCAUAGGGAUAAUUUGACAAAGCAGAGUCUGUAACCUUCCACGCUUAAAAAUCAGUUAAGAUCCCAGACAAUGUUCUAUUUCUUAAUCAUAACAUUUACUCGAUUUUGAUUGGUUUCAAAAACUGAUAUUUUCCACUUUUUCACUUGUCAAGUUGUUAUCGGACUGUUUGUUAUCGGAUAGUUCAAUGAGCCAAUCGCAUUCAGGGUUGAAGUUUAAAUCAACCAAUCACAUUUUGAUGGUAGUCAACUUCCGAGCGACAUUAAACUAUUACACCUCCUUUGUCAGUCUUUUAAUGCAAAUUUUCCCUUUCUCUCAUAACUUGGCUGUUCUUCUUUUGUCGGAAAUUAUAAUUUUGAUGAUUAAUUGGUUAUAGGACUUCGUGUCGUCCAAUGUAAACACUCUCGUGAUAUACAAAUUGGACUCCCGCUGCGCGGUCGCCCGAUUUUGUUAUCACUCGUAUGAUUACAGACCAAAUUGGACUCCACUUAGUCAUAUUACCACAACCAAUUAAUAUUUUUAUCUCAGUGUCGUUUUACUUAACUCAGAUCAUGUUUUAACUCGAAAUUCCACUUUAUUAUCGGCCAAGGUUCGAUUAUAUAACACACUUUGAUCCCAUUAGUACAAGUCGUUGCUUUAUGUUUUCUGGUUGAUCAUCAAUCCUUUUGUUUGUUCAAAAUCUGAUUUUGAAGCUGUCGUGGGUGAGUGAUAAAGCGAGGACAUUCGCUACAAUUAUCAAAGUAUGACUUUUUGGGAGCUAGAAAUAAGCUUUCCCUUAAACCAUAUUUAAUGCGCAUAUGAUAGGAAAUUGUUACAGAGAUCAAAUGACCAUCAUUUUAAUCUCAGUUUGAUCUCACAGCUUCGUAUCAGCCGUCAUCGUGUAAACACUUUCCGUGUACUUUUUUUGUAAGGCUCUUUAGGGAACAAAAGUGCUGUUUUACAUAAAAAGAUUAGCCACGCUUAAGGGAACAAAAAGCGCUGGUAGCUGAAUAAUUGUUUUUCACCGUUCAUAGAUUCAUUUCAUGACAUGUCUUAAGUACCUCAGUCUUUUUUUGGUUGCAUAUAGGGAGAAACCGGCUUGGGCAACAAAAUCCUUUAUGGUUACAUCAAAGCAGGCAGGCCGUCAAUUGUCUUAGGACCAGGCAGAUCCAACGUGGCACUGUCCGUGGCCGACACUGCAAAGUAUUGGAAAAUGAUUCAGGUAUUUCUUAUGAUCGAUGUUUUUAACAAAACACUUUACUAUCACCGUGCCUCUUUCCACCCAAGAGUAUAAAUGGGUACUGGAGAAUAGUCAGGGAGCCUGAUAAAACACUAGGGGGAGGGGGGGGGGAACCUUACAAUGGAUUGGCAUCCCAUCCAAGGGGGGAGUGGUGAUACUGCUAGUCGCUCCAUAAUAAGGGACGGUUGGAUGGAUGGAAUUGGAUGUGACACUUGGCUUGAGUACGGACUUAACGUUACAUAUCUAUGAAACAGGAGUAUAUAACUCAUUUCAAGAGAUAUUAACGUAGAGAGGAAAUUUCCGUCCCUUAAUUCAAGGUAUUCUAGAGAAUAAAAGAUCUAAAUAGCUUAGGUAUUCAUAACUCAGCUUUUGGAGUUCUGUUUCAUUUAGAUUUCAGCUUCAGCUGAGAGUGGAGACCUUUCCGAUCCUGUGACGUAUCCUUACUUUUUCCGCACAAUUCCCUCUAUAUCCUCAUCCAAAUCCACUUUUGUGGCUCUUGCAAAGGCAUUUAAUUGGAAGCGAGUAUCGAUCCUGUUUUACAGCAGAGACAUGUACAUUAAGGUGAGAUAGACUGAGGAAUGACAUUUUAUACUUAGUAAUACUAGUUUAGAAUACCAUUUAUUUCCUCUCGAUUGUGACCAGCUAAACCGAGGCAUUCAACUAACAAACGGCUUUACAUUAUUUAGGACUUCAAUGAGGGUAAGUGUACCAACUUGGCUACUGUGAUUUAGGAGGCCAUCUUUCUUAAAAGCAUAACUUCAUAAGAUCAUUUUUUUUUGGUCAUCUCCUAGGCUGCCACCAAUCUUAAAAAGGAAUGCGAAAGAAACAACAUUACUGUCUUAUCGUACGGGAGCUUCGGGGACACCAAUGAUGCCGAGAACCAAUUGAGGCACAUCAAGGUACAGGGGCCACAAAGAUUUACUUAUACAAGUUUCACUUUUCAUUGACAAAUUGUGCACUCUAUUGUAGAUAAUCAAGUGCACCUGGCUAUGAAUUACCACAGAAUUCUUUCUUAUGCGUCCUUUUUUAGUUCUUUGGCGAAAUUAUAAAUACGCACAACGUCCGAUAGGAUAAAUUAUUUAGUCACCUCGUGUAACUACGAAAGGAAAAAGAUUGAUUGUGCCCGGCUGGAGAGCUCUUCUUCGCUAGGCCACUGUAAAUAAAAAGUUGUUCAUGGAACCACAACCCUGACUUUCUUUAAUUUCUCCGUGUUAGAAAUUGUCAUGGAAGGGAUGUGUUUGCAUUUUUGCAGAAAAGAUUACUCAUAUUUUAUCAAUUAAAAACAAACGAUGACAUUUACGUAUGUUAUACCUGUUUAAGAAGGCCUCUUCGAAUUUUGUUGAUUGCUAAGAGUUUUCGCGAUUGUGAGCUUUCAAGUUGCCUUACGUCUUCUAAGCACAGUACUUCUAGGGAAGCUUAACCUUAUGCGAUUCUUAUCUUUCCAGGAUCUUGAUGCGAGAAUCAUUUUUGCAUUCCUACAGAAGACGACGAAUGUUAUGUGUUUGGUAAAAUAAAUGACUUUCGCCAUUUCUUGAUUACGUCCAUACUGCUUCUAUGUAUAAGUGCUUUGAGUAAUUCAUCUCAACUGACACAGUUUGCCUCUCAGUAGAUCUAUAAGUACAACUUGUAUGGUAAUAAAUACGGAUGGGUAAUACAUACUCCAGAUUCACGAGAAUGGUGGAAAAGAACCUUCCCAGAACUUGACUGUUCUGCACAACAAGUAAACAUAGCGGCGGAGUACUCCAUAACUGUUGACCAUCUUUACAUAAGCAAAGAUAAUGUUUCCUCGAUAUCUGGUUUGGUAAGUUACAUGUAAGAGUGUCGAGUAAUGAACGUCAAUGUGGAUGAUAAGUAAACAUUACAGCGAAUGUUUUGUGUCUCUUAUAUUCUGAAGAAGGAAAAUUCCAUAACGAAGAAAUUUGCCAAAUUCCAUCUUAAGAAGUUGAUUCUAAUCAUUGUUCUUUUGUUUUCCCACAGACUCCUCAACAGUUUUCCAAGGCGUAUGAAGAGUUUGCAAAUAACACAAACGUAAAAACAUCACUAUAUGGACCGUUUGGCUUCGACGCGGCCUGGCUGGUGGCGCUUGCUUUAAAGACAUCCAUCGAAAAACUGUCCGAAUCCCAGUUGUUGAACAUCCAGGAUUUUGCAGAAAAUAAUGCAUCUGAAAUUGUUAAAGAGAGUCUGCUAACGACGAGAUUUACAGGGGUGACGGUUAGUGAUUAAAAACCGAGACUCAGUGAUAUCAAAAGUUACUAAAAACAAUUACAGAGGGUGCUGUAAUCUUCUCACCGUUAGAAAAUGUCCUAAUCGUGAAUAAACUUCAGGCUGAAAGUGGGAGAUCAAGAGACCAAUGUGAUACACACGACUCUUUUUAUGAAAAGAGAAAUUUUGUAUCUCCGAGCGGCCAUGUAAUUUGAUAUUUAUUACUUAUAUAAACACCUAUGAAAUACUAAAUCAUUUAACUUUGAAAAAACCGAAAGACGCGAUAUUUUUAUGCAACCAUAGCAACAGUGAUCUUUUCACGUGUGAAACUAUCAUGUUCUUCUCACGCGCGAAGAUAUCAUGUUUUCGCCCAAAAGAUCACUUGAUAUUUCAUUGGUGUAUAUAUUAUAAAUACACCUACAGACUGAGUGCGACUUCAAUGGCACCUAAUAAGAAUAGCCAUAUCUUUAUUUACCCCUUUUCGUAUAAAGUGAACGUUCUUUUUUAAAUUUUAAAUACUCUGAUGGUUCAAGGAUAUUGCAUACAACUACAUGACGCCUUCUUGGAUUUCCUAACAGGGUGAGGUACAACUUGAGAGCAAUGGAGAUAGGACAGGGAAAUUUGAAGUUUUUCAACUUAGAGGUAACUGAAUACAUGCAUUGCACGGGAUUAUCAUAUCAUUUAAGUGUUUCAAUCCAAGAAAAAAAAAUGACUCGAUGGUUUUUGGUGUUAAGACGCUUGAGUAAGCUAAAAGGUCAAAUUCAUCAGUCUCAAAACAAUAAAAUGGAUUUACACGAUUGCGUAUUUUUAACAAAAAAAUUAUUUUUACAAGUUAUAAUCGAGUUAAAAUUCAUUACAAAAUAGUCAAAAGUUACCAUGUUCACUAGCCAUAAAUCUACAGAUUUGUUCAAUUUUGACAUUAAGAUCUUUGGUACUUUUAUAGGAAGUGCACUUGAUCCUAUUGCCUUUCACGACGCCACAAAACCCGACUUUCUCUCCUUUUACAAUGAAAUGGAGUUCAAAUGGAGAAGUAUGUCAUAAAGCUUUAAUUUUGUAACAAAUAGUCAAAUAGAUUUUGUUUGUGAAUGCCAUUUAAGAUGAUUUCUCAGUGCUGCACUGCACAUCCUAUACUGUGCAUGACAUCGUGUAUUAGACGAGAAAGUGCUUGCACAUUUUUGAAAAUAUGGUAUUUUUUUCAAUAAAAGGACAAGGUAAACAGGUGCGAUUGUCGUUUGGUAUAAGGGCACGGGAUCUAUAGUUUUAAUUACAUAAUCUUGGUGUUAAAAUUAUCCCCUUUGAAUCAGAAAAAUUAGAAAAAAAAAUUAAUCGGAUGGACAAAGACAAAGCUAAAAGCGGUGACAAAUUCCAUCAAAUAACUGUUCUCCCUUGAAUGUUGUUGUUAAGUCAAAGUAAUUUCUUAAGGGAUCGUCCAGAGAUUUUUUCAACCUGUACUUUGAGGACGUGAAAAUGCAUGCUUUUAACGAGAAACGCCACAUAAUGUUUAUGUUUCUCAAAGUAGCAGUUUCAUUUCGUUUCAUAUUUUACUCUUGAUUAAGCAGAUGGCAAGUCCCCUCGCGACCAGGUUCUCUUUAAGGACAAACUGAUCCAUUUAUCGGAGGGGAACUUUAUCGUUAUGUGUGUUGUAGCUGGCGUGGGGAUUUUUGUCUGCUUUGGAUUUCUGUACUUUAACGUUGCCAAUAGACACAUAAGGUAAGGUUUCACAUUUUUUCUUAAUAUAAUAGUACAAACCAAGUCAUAAUCCUUAAUAAACUAUCGAGUUACCAACCUUUAUGAGAUGCAGUGAGAUCAGCUGUAAAUUCAUUCCCCCCAUUCUCCAAGUAAAAGAAUGGACGAUGAAUGAAUCCAACCCUUUCAAACGAGACACCCCGUGUAGCUCAUAAACUGAAUAUCACGAUCACGGUUCUACCUUAAUAAAAGAGAGACAAACAUAAGGCAAUGUAAAUACUCAAACGGUCUAGGAUGAAGACUGAAUCUCGGCUUCUAACAUGGAUAACCUUUCUGCUUUUUUUCCCUCUCCUCAUAGGUUCAUCAAGAUGUCCAGUCCUAACAUCAACAAUGCAAUUAUUGUUGGUUGUAUCUUAUCCUACAUUUCUGUUGUCUUAUUCGCCAUCGAUGGAGAACGUCUUACCAGCUUUACUUGCAACGUAAAGAGCAUUUUAAAAUGAUCCACUGAAUUCUGAUGAAACAGUCUUUAUUUCAACACUUCAUCAACUACUAGUUUUGAGCUUAUUUUUUAUGUCUGGUACUAUUUCCAGGCCAAAGUAAUAACCUUGGACAUCGGUUUCACAGUGGCUUUUGGUUCAAUGUUCUCAAAGACAUGGCGUGUUCACAGAAUCACAAGGAAGAUAAGAGCGCAAAGACGGGUAAUUAAUGCAUUACCGUGAUUUUCUUCAGAUUAGUGGAUAUCAACUCUCUUUUGUGUUUAAAUAAAGCUUCUCUAGACAUAGAUGGCCUUGCUUAGUUUUAACGGAAGAUUGCUGCUUUGUUUGCUCAGAAAUGUUCGCUUGACCCCUAAACUAAGCUAGUUUGUCUGUCUUAGUCUGUAUGCGAGACAAAAAAGGCCACAGAAUCGUUCCAUGAUUUUUCAUUGCAUGAAUUGUGUGAGAAAAUAUCUGGAUGGGAUCAUUGAAUUUUGCAAGCUUUCUUGAGACUUUUCUGUACCCUUCAAUUAAUGUCUUUCCCUUAAUUCCACAAAAUAGCCACGGUCAGAUACCUUGCCCUGAUAAUUUAAUUUGGAUUUGGCCGAGAGCGCUACCAUUAAUUAUAGAAAAACGUAUAUUAAGGAAAAGCUCGAUCGAAAGAAAAUCCUAAAGAAGCCAAGAAUUAAACUUCCAUAUUUUGUUUCUGUAAUUCUGCAGGUGAUUAAAGACAUCCACUUGUUUGGAAUGAUCUUCGUAUUCCUGUUUGUCGACAUAGUUAUUAUCAUUAUUUGGUCGGCAGUGGAUCCUUUGCGAAAGGAUAAGAAAUAUCUUGAAGACAAGGUAGGAAUUUCUUGAUUUCUGUAGGAGAUAAUGAAACUGAGAGACUUAAUGUCGCAUGCCGGAAAACUUGAUCCAGUCUCUUGACCGCGUGUUAGUCAAGACUAGCACAGAACAAAACGAUCUGGAAAUCAAACAGAGCAUUUUUCCCUGGCCGAAUUCCACUUUUCAUGAUUAAGUACAUAACCACUUCCUUAAUAGUGCAUUAAUUCAGGAGCCACCAUUAUUUUUCUCCUCACAACUUUCCGUCAAAAUAGGCAGUUCAUGAGCAAAAUGCAGACGUCAUUGACAGGCCUAUGGUUUACUACUGUGCAAUGAACAGAACUGUUAUUUGGUUGCUCUUGGUGUAUGGUUUCAAAGGAAUUCUACUCAUCUUCGGGUCAUUUUUAGCGUGGGAGACUCGUAAAGUCAAGAUAGCCGCGCUGAAUGACUCGCAUCAUAUAGGUCAGUUGGUACCAACAUUUACUGCAACUUGUAUUUUAGGGACAUUGUGCUCCGCCUUUUGCAUCUUAACAUCAGUAUACAUAUUCUCCAUACUGUUUUCUACACUUCCUAACGUGUUGACAAGGAAAGUCAGUUUUACAAUCAGGAGCUUCUCUAGUUGGUGAUCACUUCCUUUGUUCUCGUGACCUUAAUGUGUGAUUCAGGGAUAGAAUGUGGGCAGAAAUUAGACGUUGAAAGGUUAAAGUGUAGAACUCUUUUCUACAAUGAUGUGUUGAAUAGAACGAUGAAAAAGUAUUGUUCUUUAGCCGUGUAAUAAUGUACGUGCCGUAUUUUAGAAAGGUGAACUGAAUAUGUAAAGAUUAAAUAAGUAAUGAACACUUCUUAACCGGUAGUGAAAAUGAAUCCUGAAAAAAAUUCAGGCCUGUACGGGAGCCGAACCCUUGACCUUUGCGUUAUCAGUGCAGUGUUUUACCAACUGAGUUAACGAGCUAACGAGCUAACUGAGAGCUAGUCAUAUUGUUUGUUCGAAAUAAACUCCUUAAGUAAAAAAAUGAAUGACUACGAAUAUACGAAUAUCAUGUAUACCAGAAGUGCGAAAUAUUAAAUGAAAAUGAGAAUGAUCUUCUCAAUAAUGAACACAACUUAAGUAAUAGCAUUAAGUUAAAUUUGUUGUUUUUAUUUCUCACAGGCAUGGCUGUGUACAACGUGUUUAUUGUUUGUACGAUAGGGGUUCCUUUGGCAAUUUACAGCGAUAAGCAGGCCUAUGAAUUCUCUUUUUACGUUAUAACAAUUUCAAUCUUCUUUUGUACCACUUUGACGUUAUGCCUCGUCUUUGUGCCAAAGGUAUGUAUCAAAUAUCUUUUUGGCUUCCUCUGUCUUUUCAAGGUCUCUUAAUUCAUAUUGUGUGGAUAACUAGAAGUAUUUACCAACAUUAUGAUCGUAUUUACUCCACGCGCCAUGGUUGAGGAGACAAAAAAAUAUAAAUAUAUAAAUAUACACACUGUUCCCAAAUUUGCAUUAUAUACUAUCAUAAAAUUUGAAGAGUCGUAACAUAAGACACUUUUAAUGAAUCUUUAAAUAUCGUUAAUGUUGCCUUCUAACUUGGUUCGCUUGUAUGACCCAAGGGUCUUUAAUGGUGCGACAAUUGAAAUCAAACUAUGCAAACACACUAUUAUGAUAUUAAUACCCUAAAGAAUGAAUAGAUAGUAAAGACGUUAUUGUGUUUUAGGUUCUUUUUAUCCGUCGCACUAAUGAGAGCUUCCUGAUAAGCACCAUUCCCAUCUUUAUAUUUAAGCUCCGAAACAACUGAUGAAGUAAAUAAAGUAACUGAGUGUUUAAAAUAGGCUCUCAAUGGGGCUAACCUUUAGCCGCAAAACAGCCAAAAAAAUUGAAAAAUUUAACCGUUAACCGUAAAAGGUAACACCCCAGUGAGACCCCCAUAAAAGUAAAUGAUAAGUUUAGACCGGCGAUAUUUCAUGAUUUGGUACGAUUUUUUGGCACUCUUUGUUUGCAGAUAAGGAUAAUGAAGAAAGGAAAUUGUGAAGAUGCAAUUGAAAGAUUCCCAACAAAUGGCAUAAAAUACGAAACCAAAAACCUAAAUAAUUUUCGUGAAAGUUUGAAUAGUGCGGAACUUCAAAAGGAGGUUAAACGACUCCGAGAAUUGAUAGCAAAGGUGAGUAAUGGCCUUUGAUUUCUGUAACAAACUUGAGAUAAACGAAUGCGAAUAUACGAAAGUCAUAUAUUUGAACUGCGGAUAAAGACGUGAAUAUGAAAGUGAUCUACGCAGUAAUGAACACUACUUGAGCAGUAGUGAAAAUAAGGCCUGAAAAAAAAUUUAGGCCUGUACGGGAUUUGAACCCAUGACCUCUGCGAUACCGGUGCAGCGCUCUACCAACUGAGCUAGCAAGCCAACCGGGAGCUGGUCAUGGUUUUGGUACCAAAUAAACCCGUGAAGGGGUGAAUAAACGAAUGUGAAUAUAUGGAAGUCAUAUAUUUCAUAUUCACGUCUUUAUCCGCAGUUCAAAUAUAUGACUUUCCUAAUAUUCUUAAAGUAGGCGAAAUUCGUUUUACAGCAACCACCAGAGCCGUGUUGAAAAUACCAACCAGCUGUUUGUAUGACCGAAUUGAAGAAAAUUUUAUUGUUUUAGCUUAUGUUUUCCACUCACACUUUGCUAUUUGAUCAUUAUCUUUCGUUUCAGUCAGAGAUGGAACGAGAAACGAUGGCAUCAAAAGCGUCCCAGCAUCUGGUUCCCCAGCCAAGUUGUAUGGUCUGAAAAUUAUUGAACUUAAUGUUGCUGUCGUCACACCAAUAAAUGGAUGCUUCUUUAAUUAAGGUUAUAUCACAUCAACACUAAUAAUUGACAAUUGGUUAUGAUUCCUUAUGCAUUUAACUUGAAAACUGUUUGGAGGACAGUUACACGGCUGAAUGCUCCUGUACGUUUAAGAUGAAAACUUUAUCGCCAAGACCUUUUUAAGUCAAUACAGUAUAGUGCCAAGCUCCUCUAGUGCUCUAAAUAGAUUAUGUUUAAUGACUUUAAAAUCGAAAUAUCGUCAUAAUAAGCGAUUUUUUUUGUGACCUUUGAGCAUGUGACGAUGACGUUAUUCAACGGUGCUCUCGAUGACCAUGAAAAGAAUCAGAUAGACCGUGAAAAAAGGAAGAUUUUUUUAUAAUUAUUUACAUCAGUCUUAAAGAUUUCUUUUAUAAGUCUGAAGUUCAUUCAUUUCAGGAAAUUGAAGCAUAUGUUCAUCUGCAUGAAAAUACAAUAACAAUCAGUGGAUCUGAUUUCAUAGCCAGUGUGAGUGUGAGUAAUUGUGGAAAAGGUGAUCUGAUCGGCCAAAUGCAACCUCGUAUCCCUUCAUUAUCACCUACAUUAGGGUUUUAAAAAUACAGUAUUUUAAAUUACAGAGGUGCUUAUACUCAAAAUACCUCAAAAUGUCAAAAUACCCUUGAGAGAUUUCUUGAAUCGAUAAGGAAAAUUGUACAGGAGAACGUGCAGUUGUUAUCCGAGGAUGAUUAUCGAGAACUAUUCACCCAAGGCUAAAGAAAGCAUUUACUUCGCCGUUUGAGUGUGAUUGUUCAUUGAUCUUUUGAUUUUGUUUCGUGGUGACAGCAAAAGUAAUU